AUGGCAGGAGAGCAGCGGAAACGAAACCGAAGCGUCGCCUGUGGGUUUUCCUGCGUAUUGCUUGGGGAGGGAAGAGCAGAGCAGGACGUCAGCGCUUGCGAGCGGGCGGAGCGAGUGGAGGUGGCUGCUCGGAGCAAAAGCAAAGCGGCGGAGGCGGCGCGGAAGCUGCGCAAAGACUUGCCCGUCUGCUCGGUUAGAGAGGUACGGCCGGUGCGCGCGGAGAGUGGGUGGAGGCGUGGGGGUUUUGCUUGGGAAUCCGCGUGGCCCAGCCUCCUGGCCUGCCUGCCUGGCCGCUGCUCCACAGUCUCUUGGGCGGUUCACUUUUCUCCCAUGCUGGAGCCUGGCAUUCAAACAGUGCGUGCGCGAAAGGCCCUUUUGUCCAUAUUGAUUAUGACUAAGCCUGUGGCUGUUGUGGCCGGGGAAGGUGAUUUUGAAGUGCACGUCUGAAUGCUGCCAGGCGAUCGCUUCCUUCCAGCCACGCCCGCUCCGGAAUCGGGAACAUUAGGCUUGUAGCAGUAGGCCUGCUGUUGGAGAGGCGCUGCAGGCUUUCCGCUCCGAAGGCGCCAAACUCUUUCCAGUCUCCUCCUUGGAUGACCUGGAAGUGGACUAAUAAACACUCGCCCCCCGUCGAAUGCCUAAGUGCAGAUUCGGACCCCAGACCCCCCCCCAAGUUGAGAGUGGCACUUUUUAAACAGUUGCAUGACUGUACAGGGUCUGGGAGAGUUGGAGGCAAUCUGUGUAACAAUCGCAUGUACGUAUUUGUGCUUUAGAUCCACGCCUUUGUGCCCAUGGUGGUGAUUUUUUGCGAUGUGUUUCUGGGGUGAUGCACAAUUUGAUUAUGGUUUGGGGUAGGCCUUGUUUAAAAACCUUCUCUUCUUUUGGAUCUGUGCCUUUGUGCAUAGGGUGGCCCUAUGGAGUGAUGGAUGCAGAAUCUUGCAGUGAUGCAAGUUUCCAGGGAAUUUUUGAAUUGGAUCAUUGUCUCCAUAUCAGAAGAAAGGCAAUCCACACUCCCAAGUUGUGAAUUUUAAGUGUGUUUUUUCUUAAAUAAACAUUACAGGAAGUUCCUAAUACUAAUUAUAUUUGUGUGUCCAUCAUUAUAUACGCCAGGGCCAACUUCUUAAAAUAAAUCCCUUUGAUGUGCAGAUGUUUUGGUUAUGAGCUUCCUAGUUUUGUUUGGGCAGUUUUGUGCAACUUUAUAUUGGAGUGAGUUAUUUGCAUGUGUAAAAUUCCCCCAAACCCCAUGUAAUUUCUCUUAGUUUUAAUGGAUUUAUUACUUUUUCCCCUAAAGCCCCCAAACAACGAACAAUAUAUUACUAUAAAAGAAGUACAGUAUACAGUUAAAAGUACAAUUUAUUCCAUUUUAAAUUUGAGAAAAUUCAAAUUUACAAAAUAAGGCCUGUGGGCUGAUUGAUGUUUCCUCUUUUGAUAAUUUUCUUUUUCUUUUUAAAAAGCAUUUGUGGCCCAAUCAAGUGGAGGUAGAAACAAUAUGCAUUGUUUUGUGUUGGUGAUUCAGAGGGUUCUGUUGCAGCCCGGAAGUCAGACUUGCACAAACAUGAUUACUCAGAGUAUGCCUCAUUGAGUUCAGUGAAGAUAACGUAGACUGAGACUUCUUCAUAAUCAGUUCAUGCAUUAGGUUUUCUGCUGUGCACCAAACCACUAUGUGUGAAUUAGACAAAUGCAUGUUUGGAAAAACAUAUACAGUAUAGAAAAACAUGUUUGGAAAAACAUAUACAGCCCGUGCUGCUGAGAACCAAUAUUGGCAGCUUCCUGUCAAGUGUACCCUCAGUUGAAUACCUGGGUUUUCUGUCAAUGAAUAUGCAGGAAAGCCUGUAAUGUGUGAAUUGCUGGAGAAUGAAAAACUUGUGUGCUGCUGCCAGUGCAAUACAUGUUAGCUUGAAGGAAGGAGAAAAUGACAGAGACAACCAGAGAUCAGAAAAGGAGACUGGAGUUUAGCUUUUCUGGUUAAAGAAAGGUAACCAAAAUAUACAUUUAAAAAGGAGCUGAUAGAAUAAACUAGGGGGUCACCAACAUUAUUAUUAUUUAUUAAAUUUGUAUACCACCCCUCACCCACAGAUCUCAGGUGACCAUAGAAGCACAUGUUCUGUUCAGUGGUCUCUUCCCCUUCCCCUGCUAAAGUUCAGCUUGAAUGAAGCAUUCUGUUGUUUCCAGCAGAAUAGAUAGCGGUGUGUUGCAGGGUCUGUGUAGUGCCCAUACCGUUUCCCUGAUUUGCAAAUGUGACUACAGGCCUCAAGAGGUUGGCGGCAACUGGAAUAAACCAGUCUACCAAUAGUACUAAAACAACCAAACAAUGGAGAUUGAAAUGUUAAGAGCAGAAACACUGCAUCCAAUUAAAACUUGGGCCUCUCCCCUAAAUGCUCAGUGAAACACCAAACUCUUAAUGCUAUGUCUGCGCCAGGAGGCUAAAAGCAAGGGGCCAUAUGGCUAUCCCAGAGGAGGGAGCCCCAAAGCCUGGAGGGACUGGUCAAAAACAUCCUGCUCCACAUGCCCACCAGCCUGAUCUCACCAGGCAUGGCGGUGUAGAGUUGCACCAUGGGCAGGAGUGGGAAACCUCUUGCCUGGGAGCCCAAUGUGGCCCUCCUGGCAUCUCUAUCUGACUUAGGCCACUCCUGCUCUCUGUAGGCCAUACCCUUCUCUGGCCUUGCUUACCUGGAAUGUGCUGAUGACUUGGUUACUUGGAUGAGAGACAGAGAGGGGUGCCUGGAGAAUCUUCCAGCCCACUCAAUAUACAGUGGCAAAAUUUGCCUUCUUUGCUUCAUCCACUGGCCUGUGGUCCCAGGAUGCUUCCCCAGAAGGAAAUGUGGCUCUUAAUCUGAAAAAGGCUCCCCACCCCUGGCUGUGGGGGAGGGGGAGUAUAAAUUGUGGCUGAAUUUGGCCUUGAUUAGAUUCAUAGCUUUGUUAUCUAGCAGCCAGCUGCAAAGCCUUGACCUGUAACAGUUUCAGUAGGCCUUGGCUCUGUGGGCAGAUGCUUAGAAUUCUACCUUAAAUAUAUGGUUAGUCUUAUCAGGAAGCUAAAUAAAUAUUAGUGUUUUAAAAGGCUUGCAGAACAGUUUUACCUCUUCCUUAUUAUUUCAGUUUAGAUUUUUUACCCUCCCUUCGCUAUAAGGUCCCAGGGCUUAUCGUACUCUAUACUUGUUAUGUAAACUCUGCACCAUACUGACUUUGGAGUGUUCUGCAGCCUAAAAUCCUUGCAUAGCAACAAUGGGGCAGCAAAGUCCAGAGAGAGAACUGCUUUCAGGAUUUUUGCACAGAUUGCCUCUUCUUUCUGCUUUUAUUGCCAGACUACAGGAACUGGAUCUGACACUCUUCCCCACCCGGCUCCUUCACCUUCUGAGCUAAUCCCCCAUACAUACAUACAAACAAUCAAAACCAUUUUUGUGCUCCUCUAAUCAGGCAACCCUCAGAGUUCUCACGUAUUUGCCUGUAGGAUUCCAGGUGAGCUGUUCUGAACAUGCCUGCCUCUUGAAGUGACACAGCCACCUCCCCUUAAUUCUUUGAGAUUGAGAACAUCUUUAAUAAAAACAAUUUAAAAAGGAAAUUAAGAAUUCAGGUGGAGGAAGAUGUUUGCUAGAGGAGUUGGGGGCUCCUGUCCUAUUUCUAGCAACAGGAGUUGCUAAUAUCUGGCAGGGCCUCAGUUUAUGACCUAAGAGAGCCAGCAUUUUCCCACGAGAAAAGAUGCUUCUUGAGCUAUCGGAGUUCAAAGCAUCAAAGACUGGUAUCAGGUCUGGAACUGUGUCUGGAGGCAAAUGAGGAGCUAGUGUGAUUGAUGCAUUAUUGGUGCUAUGCGCUCUCUGGCAGGCUCCAGGUAGCACCUUUGUUGUUGCAUUUUGAACCAAUUGAAGCUUUAGAGUCCUUUUCAGAACAUGUUGCAGUGGGCUGACCUGCAUGUUUCCAAUGAUUGUGGCCAAUGUACAUUCACACGGUGAGCUGGCAGAUGAUGCUAUUGGCUGUCCGGCUACCUGGGUUCCCUCAAGGUUCAUAUCUACUUUGAGAGAGAAAGUGUGCACACUACUAGCAUAGACUGAACACCUAAACUUUAAUCAGUUUUGGGAAGUGUUGUAAGAAAAAAACUGCUCCCUUUCCCUUAUGGGGUAUCUAAAAGCCCGUAUAGAGUCCUUACGUAGGUUUUCUAUUGGCAGGAGAAAAUAACAGAGGCAAACCAGAGAAUAUUGAGAAGCAAAGCAGCUAGUAAGCAUGAUCUUUAUUAAACUGUUGCAACAGGGUCUCCUGCUCACCCUACGCAGGGAGGGAGGAGAGGAACCCAGGACAUUGGUUUCAAGCUCUUAUACUGUACGUAUAGACUUUUGAAAUUGCCUACUAUCCUGUAGCUCAAGACCACCCCCCAAAACAUCAUAAAUACAUCACAGAAAGAGGUGGUCCCCAGCAGUAAUUUGAAAGUGUUGCUUCUAUCCUGUCUGCCAGAAUACCUGAUAAUGCCUUAUCUGAUUGCCGUUUCUGGGUAGCCUGGCUUUGAGAUGGUAAAUACUUAGUUUCUGAAUCUGUUAUGCAUAUUGAUAGUGUGCUCAGCUUAACAGAUACAGUGGUGCCUCGCAAGACGAAAUUAAUCCGUUCCGCGAGUCUCUUCAUCUUGCGGUUUCUUCGUCUUGCGAAGCAACCCUAUUAGCGGCUUAGCGGUUAUUAACGGCUUAGCGGCUUUAAGAAAAAGGAAACAAACUCGCAAGACGUUUCGUCUUGCGAAGCAAGCCCAUAGGGAAAUUCGUCUUGCGGAACGACUCAAAAAACUGAAAACUCUUUCGUCUUGCGCGUUUUCCGUCUUGCGAGGUACCACUGUACUUGCAAGGCUGUAUUUACAGGGAAGUGUAAGCCCCUACAGUCCAAAGAGAAUUGGAAAGCUUUUCCCAUUUCCUUCCUCCUUGCAGAGAAACAUUUGAGGUCAAUUUGGGAGAGUCAGAAUGGCUUCAGGAUUGUUCUCCUGUACUAUUUCAGACACAUGGUUUAUAUACGUACAUAUGUGUUUGCCUUGUACGUUUAUACACACACACACACACACACACACACACACAUAUGAUCUUAGAAUUCCUAUAACAGAGGGUUAACAGGUGACAUAAAAAUAAAUAACAGGACCAAUGCUCUUUUAAAAAACAAAAGCUGUGAGUAGUAAAGUUACGACACCCUUUUCAAAGGCAAAAGUUAACAUUGAUAAAGUUUUCCUGAUACUGUUAUGAUUGUAUGUAGGGACAUCAAUCUUGUCUGAGCCAACAUUCAUCUCGUCUACAUAAGAAAAAAGUCAGGUCAAUUCCCCGAGGAUGUUACAGUCUAAUUACAGUUGAUCUAAUCCUGCUAUAGUUGACUGUUCUUUGGAUUGCAAACUUUGGACUUGCUGUUGGGGCCUGUUAUGCCUCCCAUAUGAACAAGUUAGCAAACACAGUGUCACUUGGCUUUAAGUAAAGUUUUAUGAAAUCAGUUCGAGUUAGGCGGGGGAGCAUGUGGCCUUCCAGAUGUUGUUCUACUGUAGUUUCCACCAUCCCAUGGCCAGACUGCUUGGGGCUAAUGGGAGCUGAAGUCCAGCCACAUCUGGAGUGUCUCGAGUUAUCCGUCUCUGCAGUAAGGGAAUCCAAUGCAAACAAGUAUUUCCAUCUGGUACUAGUGAACGAAUAGAACGUUUGUAAAGAGUAAAUUAAGCCUAUAGUACUAAUAAUUAUGUUAGCAGAAAUAGAGGCAUGUUUGGCACUCUGAUUCAGAGUUGGGAUACUGCCAGGGAGACAAAGUCCAUCAUGGCCCCAAGCCGUCUGCCGGACGAUCCAUCGAUCUCCCGUAGGCCCGCAGUAUCAGCAAUUAGCGACAUGAGUUUCUAGAAGAUUUCUUGCCACAUUCCAGAGCUCAUGCACACUCUAUCAGCAAAUAAUGCACAGCCAAAAGUUGCACUCAGGAGAGCAUUAUUUACAAGUUUAUUCAGCGUUGAACAGAACACAGAAAAACAUGACUGCCUGCUUUAGUGUCUAUGACACACAGAGAGAAAACGAAAGCAACAGAAAACAUAAACAUCCUGUGAACAGGACAUGCGCAGACUCUGACUCACAAAGCCUGCUCCCUUUUAAGGUGGAACGGAAAUAUCCUAACAGUUUUGCCUGGUGAUUUGAGGUGUGCUUUAUCAGAAGCCUACCCCACAGGGUUGUUGUGGAGAUGCUAACUUGAGCUUCUUGGAGAAAAUUGUGGGAUAUAAAUGCAAUAAAUAAAAUACUUAUACUUAAAGCUGUGUCCCCAAGAGCUGAAUCAAAUGGUUUCAAAUGUUUUAUUCCCUCUUUCAUUAAGAUCUUUUUUGUUCUUGCAGGGAAAGUUGGUUCUUUGUGCUUUAAACCUGUAUUAAAAUCCUUAGGGAUAACCAAUAUUUCAAAGUGUUUAGGCUAAUUUAUUUAUUUCCCCCCUUUUCAUUGUUUCCUCAUUUAUUUAUUUCUUUUUCAGGAUCAUGCAAAAUGGCAAAUCCUGAACUUGAUCCAGAUAUUUUCAAUCACAUCACGUUAUAUGGAGCGUAUGUCAGACCGUGUUGUGAACUGGUAAGCUGUGCUUGAUUUUCUUGCUGCCUUCUGGUACUAGCUGUAGUGCAGAGAGAGGGAGACACAGAGAGUGGCAUAGAAUCAGCUUAAUUUUUUAUUUCCCAUAUGUGCACAUCUUUUGUUCGUAUAUCAGAAAAAGAAACACAUUUGGCACCACUGAUGAUAGGCAUGCAGUGACGCCUUUUUAUUGACAUAUUUGUUCAUUUUUAACAUGGAUGACUGUGGGUUAACAUUGCAGCAAAGAGCUAUUGGUAAUGGUCUGUCAGGUGUCUUGUUCUGUCAUCGUAGAAACAGGAGAGGAUCAUAGGCGGUACUAGGAAACAGUUUUUUUAAAAAAAUAUGCUGUAGACUUGUGCUUUGGGGGUGGAAGGCCCAGUCUGAAGGCCAGUCACAAGGUAACAUCAUUCUCUAUUAAAUGCUUUGACGUGCAACAUUUCACCAUGGUAAACUAGUUUCUGUUUCUGAAGUUCUCUCCUGUCCCCUACUAUACAUUUCAAAGGGUAUUUCAUACACCGGCUCUAUGGCACUGUUCUGCCACAAACUGCUUUAUGUCGGUCCAUUGCAAAUCAUCGCCAUGCUGCUGGAUUAGAAGUUCUUUUCUGUCCUUCUGUAGCAAACAAAGUCCUUCUGUUUCAGCGGUGAAAACAACGCUCAGCUAGCCUGUAUAACAUACAGCAGGCUUUUCAGAGCAAACAUCCUCUUCUCAGCCUGCAUUGAGAAACUGCUUGGUAGGAGCAUGGUCUGCAAAAGAGAUCAGGUUUGGUUCUUGAUAACUUGUUGGUAAUCCUUUGAGUUGCAUUCAGAAGCUGUUCCUGGAUCAGAUGACUCACUGUUGCUUCACGUGAGCUGUUUUUAACUUUUGGUUCACAUUAUUUGCCUUCAGUGCUUUAACUGUCAAUAUCUAUGUUGUUUUGUAGGUUCGUGCAAAAUUUGGAAGCUGUUCUUCAGUGAAAUAUAGACCAGGUACAUAAACUAACAAUGCAAGUUAGUAAGAAAUUCUUUUUCCUCUUUAGUUUGUCUGUCUAUGGUUGUUUUAAUGGUCCCGUCCUGCAUUUUGCUGUGCUGCGGAAGAAUAGACUUAAGAUCUGAUGUAGCAGUCAAGCACUGGUUCAGAUCUUCAGAUUUGUAAGGCUUAUUAGAGCUUAGUUUUAUUUUUCCUUUCUUUUUGUUCCAUAGGUGAAAUCUGUAAAAUAUGGUGUAGUAAACCAGUUUCUGAGUUGCACAAAUAUUGUGACAUGAUCAAAAUAUAUACCUUUUGGCCAUUUUUAUUUGCGCCUGGAUGUAAACACACAAAGAAAUGUCUUGAUUCCAGGUAAGCAGGCGUUUUUCUUGUUCAUUAAAUGUUUACUUUGCACUCUUGUUUGAAAGCUGAAAUAUGGAAAACCUGUGUAUGUUUUGCAGCAUCAGGACAGAGAGCGGUUCUAAAAGUAGAAUGCUAACAUUCUUUUUUUUAAUGGGUCAUGGGGAAAUAACAAUAAAUUAACUAGCACAAUUUUUUCCUAGUCCCUCACCUUUCUACUUUUUAUAACAUCCUGUCUUAUUAAGAGUACUGGAGAACUUGAAUCUCUAUCACAAUUCUGUGACAUUUUGGUUGGUUCCGUUAAAGGCAUGGCCCAACUGAAUAUUUUGAAUCUUUUCUUAUGGACCAGCAUGCCUAUCUUUGCUUUGUAAAUUAUUCAGAAUAAACACUCAGUUGGACUUACUACUGAAUAGACAUGCUUGUUUGACUAUUGAUGUUUAAAUGAAUUAUGAGUGUCUCAAAAUCUGUUUUAAUAUGUGUACAUAGUUCUAAGUACCUUCUUUAUUUUGAUCUUUCUCAUAUAGUAGUAGAAAAUGUCAUUUAAUGUGAAUCUGUUUAUAUUUAAGUGAUUGUGAAGUGGGUGAGCUCAAUCUGGAGAGACUAUAUGAAAUCGAGACAUUAGAAGAUGUUACUGAUAUAGCCAAAAAGUUUGCGGUAAGUCAUUAAGAAGAUUAUUAUUCUAUAUUUAUUUAUACUCCGCCUUUUCUCCCUGACGGGGACUCAAGGCAGCUUACAGAUAAAAAUAAGAACCACUAAAAACAUAGAAAAAAGAUAAUUAAAAACCAAUUAAACAUUGAUAGAAUUUAAACUAUAUACAUAUUGAAGCCAUACAAGUAGUUAUAAUGAAAUCGGCAUGGCAGCAGCCCUUUCAUUAAAAACAAUCAGUUUGUGAAAGCCUGUUGGAAUAAGAAAGUCUUCAUCUGAUGGCGGAAGGACGAUAAGGAGGCAGCCAGUCUAGUUUCCCUAGGGAGGGAGGGAGGGCCAAAGUCUGGGAGCAAUCCUAGCCAUGCCUAAUCAGAAAUAAGGCCCAUUGGAUUCAGUGGGGCUUUCUUCCUGGCAAGUAUAGGUAGUAUUGUGUAGCCUUACUCUUGAAUCUCAGCUGAAGUUAGAAAACCCCUUCAGAUCAGUGACAUGGUGUUAAAUGAGUGCAGGUUAGGGUUGUUGAUAAGCCUUUGCUCUUUUUCUUCUCUCCACCCCCAGGAUGUUCCACGUUUCAUCAAUGGCAUAUUGAAAAUUGGAGCUGAAAUAGACAAUGUAAGUUUGUUUUCAGCUCCCGGGCUCAAAUACUAGAAGCCUUUUUGCUUUGUAAGAAUCCCACACCACUUUUUUUGAAUAAACACAAUGUUUACUAAGAUCUAUAUCCUGCCUUUCAUCCAUCAUGGAAGGCAUCGGACCAGUGGUUCCCAGGUGAUCUCCCAUCCAGCUGCUGACCCUCCUAGACCUCCUUAGAGUUAGCAGAUUUAUAGGAGCUGCAAGCUUUUUGUGGAUUAUUCAUGAUCCAAAAUGCAAUCAUAAUGUGACUUGUGGAUCAUGGGGAGCGAACUAAAAACUGCUGUUUGUAAAACCCAAUCAGAAUGAUCCAAUGAAUGUACUGGAUAACAAUCCAGCAUAAACAGCAGAGUUCUUGGUGUCUGCAGAAAUUAAUUCUUUUCAUGGAGGCAAGAGUAUAACUGCAGGCCACUGGCUUGAUUCUGCAGUCUUUAUAUUAUUUAACACCCUCAUGCCUGGAUGGCUAUAUUUGUAUUUAAUUUUAACUUGUUUUUUUUUUUAAAGUACUUCAAGUAAUAGUAUCUUAUUUCUCCUUCAUCUGAAAUAGAGAAUCUUCAAUAUUUAUGAUGCUCUUGACUGGAUAAAAUAUGCUGAUGACAUCGGUAUUUUACAGAAAUUAGAAAAGCUUGGAAAUUAUUGUUGGCCUUUCCUAGAAGUUUUCUUUGCUGAAUGUAAGUUAUACACAAUGUUACAAUGAGUGGUGUAUGGAAAAAUGUGUUCCUGUUCCUGCUUAAUCUUAAACUCCGUGGUUCACAGUUGGGUGAUACUUUGACUAAGACCAACCAAAAAGUCACAGAAAUGGUGGCAAGCUUUUGAGUUUUGCGGAACUCUUCAACAGGUGAUAUGUUACACAAAGCAGGAAGCGGUAAGAUGAUUAUAAUUGGGGUUUUUAAAGGCUGUAGAUUCAGUUCCAGGAUAAAGCUUUCAUGGAACAUUAUUCCUCAUGAAGAGCUCUGAGAAAUCAAAGGUUUGCCUUAUUUUUGUGUCUUUUUGGUUGCCCCCCCCCAAAAAAAAACAUAUGGCCCAAAGGUUUUUUGUGUGUGGAUCAACCUUUGUUCCAUAAUACUAGCUCUAUAAAGGCAGCUUUUUUUGUUUUUGUUUCUCUAGUCCUAAUUGAAAGUAAUUUUUACGGCGUUUGUAGUUUUUUUUUUUUUUUUUUUGAGGAAACAGCUUAUUUUUCACUGGUAUGAUGACUCACAUCCGGUCUACUACUGAGCCCGUGUUCUUUUCAUUUAGACUUAGACCAAGCUGAAGUUAACAUAUCACUACCAGUUUUACUUCAAGAUAGGAAGUCAAGGUCAGGGGGGAUACCAAGUUAACUGAUUAUUUCUGCAGUUGAAGACCAAAAAUACAGCAUCCUCCCAAUAUAUACCAGUUGGCAACUUUGUGCUGCCAUGUGCCUUAAGGUUGUUCGCUGGUAAAUUUAUCGGCCUGGAUCCAAAGUGCUCCGUGCAUGAGUAAGACAUUAAUUCUCAUGCAUGGGGGAUCAUAGAUUUCUACCACCUCCCAGAUAUAGUGCCAGUCGCAUGCCAUGUUGUUUCUUGGAGUAGCUUCUUGGGUAGCAAGAGGGGCUGCAUGAUUCUUUAGAUCCAGGCCACACUUAAGCGAACCUGUUCUUUGAAAUAUCAUGGAUGGGGAAGCUUUUUGGCUCCAUAGGAUCAACCUUGCAGGCCAAAUUUGACAGGUGGGUGGCAGCACCUGCCAGUCACACAUCAUUAUAACAUUACGUGGUUGAGAAGUAGGUAGUCCUGCCUACAUGUCAGAAUCUCUGGUGCUGAGCAUUGGUCUGGCAAAGCGCUUCUUUCUCCCAUCCCUUUCCUGCAAUUUACAGGCAUUGCUUCACAUGUGAGAAAUCCCCAUCAUGAUCAAUGUCUUCAGAAAAUCAGGUUUCUUUCAGCGACCGGGGGUGGGGCCACAGGGACUGUAGGAGGGACUUCUCCCUCACCCAGCUAGCUGGUGUUUCCUUUUGCUUGUUUUCUUUGACUGUGUGUGCCUGUUCCCGACAUUGAACAGGCGUGCAUAGCCAAAUUGAGCUGGAUUUAACCCCUGCUCAUCAGCAGUCAAGGGGUGUGUGUGUCAAUCUUGCUAGCUUUGACUUUGAGCACCUGUUAGGAACAAGGUUUCCUUCUGGGAACAAGGAUUCGACACAGAAUUGAACCCCUCUCUCCCUCAGGGGACAUCAGCCCAUGGACAGGUGGCAUGAUUUGGGAGAAAUUUACUUUGUUAGUAAAAAAAAAAAAUCUCUUUCUGCAACUUUGAAAUCUUUUUUGAUUUGGAAAAUAAAAAUGGAAGAUUGAACUACUCACUUGGAUUACACUAGUGUACAUAUGUGUGAUAUUUAUAUAGUUCUUAAAGGAAUAAUUUUGGGCAGGGAAAAGUAACUCUUAAGUACAUGUCAGUACUAUAGUUGGUAGCAGUAAACAUUGUACUGUGUUUCGCUUUGUAGACAAGCAUCUCAUAAGCAAAAUUAUAUUGGAGGACUACAACUUAAUAGAAGCAUUUGAAUCUCAAAACUGUGACGGUUGUAUGAAGGUAAGAUUUAAACAAAACGUUAUAUUAAAAAAAUAAGAGCUUACUUGUAAAUGCCACACCUUUCAUUUGGGCAGAGAAACCACCCUCUAGUAGUAUCUCAGUAUUGUCUAAAUUGAGCUUCAGUUUAUUGGCUCUCAUCUGGUUUAUUACCAAGGCCUGGCACCAGUCCAGAACAUUCAGCGCCACAUCUGCUUGAGCUGUAAAGGAGAUGUAGAGUCGGGUGUCAUCAGCAUACGGAUGAAAGCAAACUCCAGAACUCUUGGAUGACCCCCCACUAAGUUUCAAGAAGAUGUUAAAUAGCUUGGGGGAUAAAAUCAAACCCUGAGGAACCCUGUAAUGGAGGUUCCUCCAAGCAGUGAUCCAAGUUAAAGUGGAAUCACUGCCAAACAGUAUCUGCAACUCCCAGCUCCGACAGUCUCCCCAAAAGAAUACCAUGGUCAUUUGUAUUGAAAGCCACUGAGAGGUCAAGGAGAAUUAACAGGGACACACUCCCCUUGUCCCAACACAAGUCAUUAUACUACAAGGGUGACCAAGGCCAUCACACUCAUCCAAGAGGUCUGAGGUUGGUUCAAAACCACCCAUUCAAGAACUUUACCUGAAAAAGGAACGUUUGCAAUGUGCCUAUAGUUGUUCAAGUGUUCUGGAUCCAAGGAUUUCUCAGAUAAUGGUCUCACUGUUGAAAUUGCUUGUUUGUAUUGUGGCUUGUUAGCAUCCAAACACAGUCAUUGUGUAACACAAUCUUAAAAAUAACUUAAAGAUGUUUCAUAGUUUAAGAUGAAUUUAGUAAACUGUAUAUAUAUGCACCCAUCUGAAAUUGCUUUACAAUUGAAGUUAAUUUGAAUUUGUCCUGUUUCAUUACAGAAAAGUGAUCUCAUGAAAAAUUGGGGAAAUGAAGCAUUUGCUAAAGAGCAAUUUGAUAUUGCUGCCGCUUCCUAUACAAAAGCUAUAGAAUUAUGGUAAGGGAUAAAUUAUAUUAAUGAACAAAGAUGUAGAAACAUGCAUUUGAGAUAAGAACCUUUUUGGACAGAAGAUGAAAGGUAUUUUCUAUAUGAAGAGAAGAGUAGUUCCCAAAGACAGCUGCUCCUAUACAGAGUAGGGUGUAUGGAAUGCACUAUGGGUAUUGUAGUGUUUCUUUGCAUUCUUAGUGCCCUUUUAAUUAGAUUUUACUUCACCUGAAAUUGUCUAUUUGCUUUCAGAGGGGUUUAUUUUUUCCUUGGCGCUUGUCACCAAACAAUUAGCAUCUUUUAGUGGAUCAUGUUGACCUGAGAGCAGAAUCCCUUAAGUAGGAUUUUAAAGGUCCAGUAGGGAGUAGUGACUGUUUAACAAACCGCAUGAUUUAUCGCCUCAAUCUGGAUUAAGAUUUGGUCUUUUGAGACAGAAGAAACAGUGUACCCUCCACUGUUUUUUCUUUUGGUGGCCAUUCCUAAUACACCAUGGGUUUUGUCCAACAGUGUCCCUCAGCUGAUGGUAAGGCUUCCUAGAGGAAAGAAGCAAUUUUCAACCACUUCCUUCGCUCCACUAGCUCACGGUGCACCACUUAAAUCUGCUCUGGUGGGCUUCCCAACUUUCUGGAGCAAUUAAGAGAGUGUGAGGGGGCUGCAAGGGGGAGGGGGAAAAAUGCUCUGCUGCUGGAAGCCUUACUGUCAGCUGAGUAGCACUGUUUGAGAGAACUUUGUAGUUUAUAGCUGUUCAGUAGAGAUACGGGAUGACAGAGUUAAUAAAAACCUGUCAUAUUUGAAACCACUUGAAUAGCAAUGCUUGGCAAUGUAUUUAGUAAGUAGCCCCACUAAUACAAAUCAAUAUUACAGUACUGAAAUUGAGUGCUGUGCCUAUCAGCAAAGGUAAAGGUAACGGGACCCCUGACCGACUCUGGGGUUGCGGCGCUCAUCUCGCUUUAUUGGCCGAGGGAGCCGGCGUACAGCUUCUGGGUCAUGUGGCCAGCAUGACUAAACCGCUUCUGGCGAACCCGAGCAGCGCACAGAAACGCCGUUUAGCUUCCCGCCGGAGUGGUACCUAUUUAUCUACUUGCACUUUGUCAUGCUUUUGAAUUGCUAGGUUGGCAGGAGCUGGGACUGAGCAACAGGAGCUCACCCCGUCGCGGGGAUUCAAGCUGCUGACCUUCUGAUCGGCAGGUUCUAGGCUCUGUGGUUUAACCCACAGUGCCUCCCAUGUCCUGUGCCUAUCAGUAGUACUUACUAUUUACAGCAGUCACUACCUAUGUUACCUGCAACAAUUGCGACUUUUAACUUCGGUUAGGCUGACACUGGGACUGCAGGUGUACCUGUUUCUGAAUUCACCCUACAUGGGGAGACUGCUGUAAACUAUUCUCAAUGAGUUUGUUAUGCAGACCACAGCUUUUCAAACCUUGCGUAUUAACUGCUACCAAAAAUCCAAACUAAGGCAGGAAAGUCAUCUUGCAUAAUUACAUGUAUGGCUCAACUUUCAGAAGACUAUUUUGGUUCAGAGUAAAUAAACUGAAUGCAAUCUAACCUUUUUUAAAGGCCUGAAAAUCACAUUCUUUAUGGCAACCGGGCUCUCUGUUUUAUCCGAACUGGACAAUAUAAGUAAGUAUAUUUUUUUUCAUGGGAUUCAAUGACUACAUUUGAAUGGAACCCUAAGCUAUGGUUUAGUGUUAUAUAAGUGACUCUAGCCUGCUCUCCUGGGCUUGCAUGCUCCCCUCUUCCUCUGCAUGACAUGUGAUCGGAAAGAGAAGUUUGGAAGCUCUUGUUCUUAUUCAGCUGUGGGUAGCGAUAACUGUGGUUAGUUUAAAACAAGUCUACUUCAAAACAUGGUUUAUGAAGCUGGCUUAUUAAACUAACCACAGUUAAUCACAGUUCUUGGUUUGGAUGAAAUGGCAAAAGUUUGCUUAAAAGGCAAGUGGAAUUCCAUACCUUCAAACCCCUUGGCCAGAAGGGACUGGGAAUGGAGGAGUGUGAAAGCUUGAGAGGGCUUGCAGUUGAGUGUUCAAACACUGCCUAAGUAUAUUUAUCUAAACUGAAUAGGAAUCUAAUGGUCCAUUUUUUUAAAGCUGUGUUGCUUUAAGAGACUAAAUGGCUAUGUAACAUUUCAUCUGCACAUUUAUAAAGUUAAAUUUCCAGCUGCGAAAUUUAGUAUUAUUUUACAUUACAGAGGAUUUAUUUCAGUUUGUUAUAGUUUCUCAUCCUCUUCUACACCCACUUGCUCAAUGGCAUGAGCAAGAGCGAAAAAGCAAUUAAUUUUUGGUUUGAUUGGAAGGAAGGAAUUGAGGAGGAGGGCAUUAAAUUGGAAAUGUUUUCAGCUAAUCUCAGUUUUUAGAGCUUUUGGGUUUGGUUUUGAUCUCUUUUGGGACUUUGAAUCUUGGGGAAGCUGGUGAGCAUUGGAUUUGAUGCAUGUUAGUGUCAAAUAAAAAAAAGUGAUCUCUCAAAGACAGAAAUACACAGUGGUCAGAGACCAAAGAACAAAUGAACCAAAGAAUUGUAGGGAUACCAAGGGUCAUCUAGUCCAACCCUCUGCAAUGCAGGAAUCUUAACAAAAGCAUUAAUCAAAGAUGGCCAUCCAACCACUGUUUGAAAACCUCCAAUGAAAGAGAGUCAAUAAUAAUAAUAUAGUAAGUAAGUAAGUAAUUUUUGAUUUAUACUCCUCCCUCCCUGGCUAAGACCGGGCUCAGGGAGGCUAACAUCAAAUAUCAAAUACAUCAAAACACAAUCAAACAAUUGAUUAAAAUACAGCUUAAAAAUUAGAAUCAGGAUAAAAUUAGAUGAUUGCCCAGGAAUUACAACCAUAGGGGUCGGGAACCUCAAGUAUUCAUCAGGGCCAGCUAUCCAUGUUGGUCCCACAUGAGGUGAUAAAAGGGCCAAAGAGGUAACCUACAGGGUCCCAUAGAGGGGGGUCAAACUGGGCCCGGACCAAAGGCCAGGCGGAACAACUCCAUCUUGCAGGCCCUGCGGAAAGAUGUUAAGUCCCGCAGGGCCCUGGUCUCCUGCAAUAGAGUGUUCCACCAAAGCUGGGGCAAAUCUGAAAAUAAUAUAAUAUAUUAUUUAUAUCCUGUCCAUCUGGCUGGGUUUCCCCAGCCACUCUGGGCGGCUUCCAACAAAAGACUAGAAAACUAGAAAUACUGUCAAACAGCUCUUAGCGUCUGAAAGCUCUUCCUGAUGUUUAGUCCAUAGAACUAGUUCAGUGAAGUACUUUGAAACUGCAGAUAGUUUCAAAAAAGUAGUUUAUUGGAUGGUAAGGAGAUCAGGUGCUCAGAGCAAAAAUAAAUAUGAUAAAUUCCACCAGCUAUGACCCAAGCCACCUCUUUGGAUCCCAACCUGUCCUGUAUUUUCUGUAUUGCUUUUCUGUAUCUUGGAGGUGAAUAUUAUGCCUUCUCCUCCUUGAGGAGUAAGGAAUUUUUAUUUUUUUUUAUUUUUGGUAAAUUAACAUAGAUUCCAACUUUACAGAGUGGACAGUCGGCCCACCUUAGUGUUUUGGUUCAGACUAGACUUGUAGGAAUGCUGGAUGGUAUAUUGGACCUUUCAGUGAUGUCCUUUUCUGUUGACGAAGCCUGUUAGCAUUGAACUGUUGCCAUGUUGGUUUGGGUCAAUAUCUUUCUUCGUAUGCUCUAAGAGUACUCGGAAGGAAAACCUGGCAGGAACAAACGUUCAAAUAGAAGGAAAGACUAUCUUACUCAGUAGUCAGUAGCAUUCAGGGAGGUAAAUGUGAAGGGCUUUGGUUCUGCAAGGCUAGGUCUGUGAAGACAAAAAUACCCCCCCCUCUGGUGAAGUCAGAAUUUGAACCUGGCUUCCCCCAGGAGGAGAUGUGAGUUGAAGAAUCCUCUGUCUGCUCUCCAGAAUGGGAAUUCAUGGUGAGUGAAAUUUCUUCUCUUUUAACGACAGAACUUUCUCAGGUUUUUGGAUUUAGUCUUGCAAUUUGAAAAGCUUAAAAAAUGUACUAUAUUUGAAUGAGAACAUUUUCCUCAUUCAUUAGUAUCUUAACUUCUUACUGUUUUCAGAAAAGCCCUGUGUGAUGGGAAGAGAGCCAUAAUUUUGAAGCCCAACUGGCCAAAGGUUAGCUGCAUUUCUUUCACAGAUCUGUCUUUGCUGGAACUCAAGUCAGAAAACAUUGAACAUUAACCAUUAUAUAAACAGGAAGCUUCCCUUUUUGAGUUAAUUUGACUAGUUAUAAAUCACUGGGGGAUAGAUACACUGUAUGCAAUAGUUUUAUUUAUUUAAAAGCAUUUCUAAACUGGUUCAUAUAGAAAAUAUCUCUAAAUGUAAUAUAUUUGUGAGUAGGUAGGAGUUAUGUCCUUGGCAGCUUCUUAAUUGAAAGGACCCAUACCAGUUAUUUUUAGGGCAUGGUCUCUUUGGGCUCCUUUACCCAGUUUUAACAAGUAUGUAUUAGAUUCACUUUUUGUAUCUAAUCUUCUAAUAAUGAUCUAAUGUUGAUCUAAUGUAGAUACUUGUUGAUUCUGGCUUUCUACCAUGUGCCAGCAUAGGAUUGCAUCCAGAGAUCCUGUUUUGCUCACAGAAGAGGCAGUCCCAGUGACCACUUAGGGAGAGUGGGGAAAUUUGAUUUUUGCCCAUUUCCAAUGCAUUCCCCAGAAAUGUGCUCCCUGGGGUUUGGUGAACCUGCCACGUAAUGAGAGGUGGUACAGAUUGUAGUGUGAUACACUAUUGGUUCUUCAGGGGUUAAAGUUUGAACAGGAGGGAGAGGUGGAGCUCAGUAAAGGAGGGACUACCAACACUUAAGUCUCUACUAGAUGAAAAUCCCUCCUAUUAUUUAUUAUUUAUACCCCACCCAUCUGGCUGGGUUUCCCCAGCCACUCUGGGCAGCUCCCAACAUAAUAUUAAAAAUACAAUAAAACAUCAAACAUUAAAAACUUCCCUAAACAGGGCUGCCUUCAGAUGUCUUCUAAAAGUCAGAUAGUUGUUUAUUUCCUUGACAUCUGGUGGGAGGGCGUUCCACAGGGCGGGCGCCACCACCGAGAAGGCCCUCUGCCUGGUUCCCUGUAACCUCACAUCUUGCAGUGAGGGAACUGCCAGAAGGCCCUUGGCCCUUGGCGCUGGACCUCAGUGUCCAGGCAGAAUGAUGGGGGUGGAGCCGCUUCUUCAGGUAUACAGGACCGAGACCGUUUAGGGCUUUAAAGGUCAGCACCAACACGUUGAAUUGUGCUCGGAAACAUACUGGGAGCCAAUGUAGGGUUGGGCUUUUAGACUCAUAUGAUGAAAAUAGGAGUGAAAAUGUUUUUAUUUGGCAAAACUUGCUCUAUUUAGGAGGGUGGUAAUCUCUUUGUUCUUUUUUUUUUUUUGUAGGGACACUAUCGAUUCUGUGAUUCACUCUAUCUCUUGGGGGAACACAAAAAAGCACUAGAAGCAAAUGAGAAAGGCCAAGAGCUGUGCAGAAAUAAUCCUGAAGGAAUUAAGGAUCUUAUACAGCAACAUGAGAAAUUUAAAAAGCAAAUUGAUGAAAUGAGAGGUAACAUUUCCUCUUUAAGAUUGUCUUUAAAUACAGUAAAAUACUUUGUAUAAUAACUUUUAUUUAGUGAAUCAACUUUUUUAUCAUUUAUUUAGGUGUGAAACAAAAUAAACACAGAAUAAAGAAGGCAGUAGUUCAGAAAAAGUAAGUUUAAUUCUAUUUUACUUUAUAUGUGAAAGUAAAUAAAAGUCAAUAAAUAAUAAAUAAAUAAAAUAAAACAGUAAAUAAAAUAAAAGGGGCUAAAUUAAUAUUUUACAAGCACAGAUUUGGUACCACUAGGAGAUGGUGCCCUGGUGUCUUCUCUGCUUAGGGACACGGGUGGCACUGUGGUCUAAACCACUGAGCCUCUUGGACUUGCCGAUCAGAAGGUUGGCAGUUCGAAUCCCCAUGACGGAGUGAGCUCCCAUUGCUCUGUCCCAGCUGCUGCCAACCUAGCAGUUCAAAAGCACACCAGUGCAAGUAGAUAGUGUCCUGUUGUGCCAGAAGCGGUUUAGUUAUGCUGGCCACAUGAGCCAGAAAGCUGUCUGUGGACAAACACUGGCUCCCUCGGCCUGAAAGCGAGAUGAGCGCUGCAACCUCAAAGUCACCUUUGAAUGGACUUAACUGUACAGGGGUCCUUUAUAUUUUUUUACAUUCUCUGCUUCCAAUGUUGGGGCAGUGUCAGUUGUUCUGAAAGCUGCCUUCAGAACUGUCCUUCACUCCCUAGAAAAGGAAAACAGCCAUGUGUGCUUCUCUUAAGAGCCCAGCUGCUCUCUUCCUGCUGUAAAGAAGGGAUCCUGAACGAAAAAGGUUGCAUUUGUAGAUACAGUUAUUCUUAAUGUAAAUGUUGCAGAAAACAACUCUUCACAUCUUAUGAUAGGGUGUUGCUUUAUUUUAUUACCAAAGAACGAUGGCAAAAGAACAUUUCCAGAUCCUAAAACCCCCCUCCUCCACAAGCAAUGUGUGUUUUAUUUUGAAUUAUUGGUUUAGUUCUACAGAAUCUCCUUCAGUCAGUGCCCAGGAAUCAAAGAAGUCUGACAAUGAAAAGAAAACGCAGCCUGACAACAAUCUUGGUAAACAGAGGCAUACAAAGGUAAGUUGUUUUCGUUUGCUUGUUUUUAAAUGCAAAUGCUACUGAGAGCUGCUGUCUGGAAGACAAUGCUGUCAGAAAUUUCCUUAAACAUGAAUAUAAUUUUCAGGGUUCUUAGGUUCCUGCUCCAUAUCUUGCCAACCCUGACUCUGCUGUCGCUUUAACUUUUUGUUGGCAGUGAUAUAGCCUGGCUUUGUAUUAAUUUAUCUCACUUUAAAGUUAUUUGAACUUGGCAAGCAACUAGCUACUUGGCCUGUUAUAAGAAGAUCUGUGAAUGUGACUGAAAAAGGCAACAAACCUUUUAAACAUAGCACUUUUUAAAUCAUGAAAAUAGUUCCAUUGAACAAAGCCAGUCUUGCUUUCAAAUAAAUAUGCUUAGGAUCAGCUAUAACUAGGAAUAUUUUAGAAGCAAGAGUGGUUGCUACUGGGCAAAAAUAGUAUUUCUCUAUGAGAUAGAAAGCAAGUGUCUUAAUCUGGGAAUUUGAAACAUUUCAAAGCUCAGAUAGCUGGAGAGCAUAAUGUAAUAGCACAGGCUCAUCCAUAUUGGUUGAUUGUGAAGCAAUACAUAGGGCGAGAUCUCCUGGAUUCCAGCACCAGUUAGAAGGUCACAAUAGCAAAUAUAAUACAAAUUCCAUUUUUGUUAUUUAUUUGACAUGCUGUUGGAUACGAGAGAGUUUGCAAUUUUGUCCAAGUGCAGUAAAUAAUGUUUCCUGCUAGCCAGUAACAGAAAUCCUUCCCUUUGCUUGCAGGAGAAGGGGAGGAAGGCUAAGGCAAGCUUCAGGCUUACUUUUAAUACCUGCUUACUCUUAAUGCCAAACUAUGUUUUCCUCCUACAAUUAAAUGUAGUCAUUGUUUGAAGGGGAGUUUUGUGUCUUGCUCUUCAAGAGUAAUUUUCUACCCACAUUUCUAAUUAAGAUUUCCUGUUAUUCUUAAUAAUUUUGUCCUGGCUUAGCAAAGUCAUAAACGGUUUAAUGUUGCAUUGUUACGUUGUUGAACCCUGCCUUGGGACCUUAUGGUAAAGGGUGAGUAGGGAAUAAAAACAAAAACAACAACCUGCUAUUUUUGUAUCUUUUUCCUUAUCUGCCUUGCAGUCCUUUUUGUUUCUGUUAAGUAACCUUUCCAAUUAUUAAGUUUUUUUGGCUAUCUUUCAGCAGCUUCCAAGGUGGCUCAUGUUAUAAUAAAACAAGUUUAAAUUCAGGCUUAAUUCCCAUCCCCAGUGAAAAUAGCAGUAAGACAAAAAUAAAAGCAACAAGGUACCAGUAAAAGCAGCCAUAAGAACAGCAAGACAGUAGUAAAAACAUCUGAAAAUAAAAUAUAUAAAAAUCCUGGGAGAAUUGAAAUGUCUUCAUCUGGUGCUGAAAGUCCAACAGAAUUAGCUCUAGCUGAGCAUCUUUGGAGAAGGUUCAUGUAGGGCAUGGGUAGGCAAACUAAGGCCCGGGGGCCGGAUCCGGCCCAUUUGCCUUCUCAAUCCGGCCCGCGGACGGUCCGGGAAUCAGCGUGUUUUUACAUGAGUAGAAUGUGUCCUUUUAUUUAAAAUGCAUCUCUGGGUCAUUUGUGGGGCAUAGGGAUGUCGGAAUUCAAGCCUAUAUCAGUAGUAACUGGCAACUCUCCAGGCACCCGGCUUGAUCUCCUUUUGACCUCCCUGUCUGCAUUCCCCAGCAAGAUCCAGGGCUAGGUCGCGAUAGGCGAUUCUACUCAGCGUGAGAAGAACACACACCCUCUUUCCUGCCCCCCCGGGCAGGGGAAAGAGAUAGACAGAAAUGUAUUCACAUGCCUUUAUUUCUGUCUUUGCAGCAUUACAAAAAACAUGACUGCUCUCUUCGAGCUCCAGCAGUCGAGAGACAAACACUUCCUGUACAGGAACAAUAGGAAGAGCUCAUAUUACACUCUGAGCUAAUUCCGGUGCUUCGCACUGAGAAUUGACUGUCCCUCUGUUUCCCACGGACAGUCCCAACAUUCCCAUCAUGUUUACUUUUCAAGCUAGCAGUUUGCAGCUGCAUUGCUUCUAUAUCGUAACAAGGAAUUCGUUCAUUUCCCCCCCCCCCAAUAUAGUGUGGCCCCCCACAAGGUCUAAGGGACAGUGGACCGGCCCCCUGCUGAAAAAGUUUGCUGACCCCUGACGUAGGGCUUUUGGUCUUGGUGAUUCAUAAACUGCCAGUGCAUCUUAUCUAGUUGAUACCAUAUUACCUAGCUAUAAUUCUGUGGAUGGGACUCAUGAAUUUACUUAGUCCCUUGACAUCAAGAGGAUAGGGUUGCAGGCCCUUCACGUUACUUUGAGAGUGCUUAACCUGUCCAUCCUCUUUACCUGCCAUUGUGCAAAUAAGUAGUAGAGGGAUGACGGCUGUUCUAGAUGAGAGACUGUUGGCUCAGCACAGUUAGCUGAACCUGUGACAACGCAUACAAAAGAAAUUAAGGGUGGAGCUGGGAGGAGAAAGUGAGUCAUUUAGCCGUUCAGAGAAAUGAAACUAAAGAGAAGGCUGUAGACUUGAAGAUUGGCAAAGUGCGUAUGCAGAGUUAAAUUACAGCGGUGCUCCUUUUCAAUGGGAGGAAAUUUUGGCAAAAGCAAGAAAAAACAGGUAUUAAACAAUUACGUUGGGUUUUUGUUUGGCAGCCUUUAGGAUGCUAACUGGGUUUUGAGCAAGUAAUAACUCGAAAACUUACUUCCUGUUCAAAUUGAGAGGCUUCUUCUUUAAGAACAGUAGACAUAUGGCUGCUUCCUGCCAAUCAGCAGCAGGGAAGCUUGGUUCCGCAUAAACUGCAGCCGCAACUGAUAAUAUCUGAGCCCCUCAGCUCUCUGUUUGGGGCAAGAGUUGGGGCAGGUUCUGUUUUGUUCACCAAGAACAUCUUAAGAGUAGUGGAGCUGCAGCUAGUCACCUUCCUGCCAGCUGCUGAAAAAAAGGAGCAUAUAAGCCAUUUAUAUAGCGCUUUUAGAUGUUCAGAGCACUCCAUGUACAUUAUUUUGUAAUUAUUACAACUUUGUUAUAGAGGUUGUUAUUUAUUAUCCCUGUUCCUCAGAUGGAGAUGGUGGGUGGGCUGAGGGAGAAUGGAUUGCCUGAGAUCCCACAGGUGAGAGUCAAGUGGGGCAUUGCAUUUUAGCUCUUUCUCUUGUUUACUAUGCUACAGCAGCUCUUGUAUUAAGGUUUUUAUGAACCAGGCAGGUGCAGCUGCACAGAAAGAACCUUUUCAAAUGCCUUCUUAAUCUCAGUCGGGUCAGGAAAGGAGGAAUGGAUGGAUUCAUUCUGUUGUGAAAUUUGAUAAAAGCGAUCACAUUCUGCAUUUGAAAUGCAGUUUCUUUUGCUAGUACCUGGAGUGGGCAUGGAACAGGAUGAACUGGCCCUAAUCUCAAUUGAUUGGCAGACAGCAGAUAAUAAUAAUAAUAAUAAUAAUAAUAAUACUUUAUUAUUUAUACCCCGCCCAUCUGGCUGGGUUUCCCCAGCCACUCUGGGCUGCUUCCAACUGAAUAUUAAAAACAGUACAGCAUCAGACAUUAAAAACUUCCCUAAAGAGGGCUUCCUUCAGUUUUCUUUUAAAAGUAAAAUAGUUGUUUAUUGCCUUGACCUUUGCUGGGAGGAUGUUCCACAGGGCAGGCGCCACUACCGAGAAGGCCCUCUGUCUGGUUCCCUGUAAUCUUACUUCUUGCAAUGAGGGAACCGCCAGAAGUCCCUCAGCGCUGGAUCUCAGUGUCCGGGCUGAAUGAUGGGGGUGGAGACGCUCCUUCAGGUAUACAGGACCGAGGCCGUUUAGGGCUUUAAAGGUGAUGAUACUGUAACUGGGAAGGUCAUUGAUUCCAAUCUCUCUGCCCUGCUUAACCCAAGAUUCUUAGCGUACAGUCGUACCUUGGAUCCCGAACACCUUGCGAGUCGAACGUUUUGGCUCCCAAACGCCGCAAACCCGAAAGUGAGUGUUCUGGUUUGUGGACGUUUUUUGGAACCCAAACAUCUGACUCGACUUCCACAGCUUCCGAUUGGCUGCAGGAGCUUCCUGUGUAGCCAAUUGGAGCCCGCGCCUUGAUUUCCGAACGUUUUGGAAGUUGAACGGACUUCCGGAAUGGAUUCAAUUUGACUUCCGAGGUACCACUGUGUAGGAAUAAUUAAUAACCUGCAUCAAUGUAAAGGGUAAAGGGACCCCUGACCAUUAGGUCCAGUCGUGACCGACUCUGGGGUUGCAGCGCUCAUCUCGCUUGAUUGGCCGAGGGAGCCGGCGUACAGCUUCCGGGUCAUGUGGCUAGCAUGACUAAGCCGCUUCUGGUGAACCAGAGCAGAGCGGUACCUAUUUAUCUACUUGCACUUUGACAUGCUUUCGAACUGCUAGGUUGGCAGGAGCAGGGACCGAGCAACGGGAGCUCACCCCGUCACAGGGAUUCGAACCGCCGACCUUCUGAUCGGCAAGUCCUAGGCUCUGUGGUUUAACCCACAGCGCCACCCGCAUAAAAUUUGGUAAAUAGCAAUAGGUAGAUUGAAGCAUAGGUGCUGAUAUAUCACACCCCUUUUCACUGUGUGAUCAGGAAAAAUAGUCCAAAAAUGGGGAUAUACAUGAACAGAGUUGAAGCUUUGAAGUUCCCAUCCUUUUCUAUAGAGCCAGGUUAAGAGGCAGCAAAAUCUACCCUCUCCCUAUCUUGAACACAAGGAUCACCAGGGGUUGUGAACAUUUUAGCCCUACCCUAGCAGCUUCCUGAAUGCAUCCAUUUACUUAACUUCAUGUAAGUGGGUUGGUUGGGAAUUCACUCUUGCUGGGGAAAAGUGAAGCAUUCCUGUUGCACACGCAUAGGCAGCGAUGGCUAAACCUGCCUUCCAGUCCUUAGGUUAGGCGGUAUAGCUUCCUCCUAAGUUGCAUUAUGCAAGUUGGGUGUGUUGGGCUUCAGUUAAGAGUACACAGAGAUGCUUUGCAUUCUUCCCCAAGGACCUUUGCCAUUUGUAACUGCGCAUCUGAUUUAGCAAGUAUUAUAACAUUGCCAGCCUGCUCUGAGCACAGUUAGACAGUUAAGGAGAUUUGAAACUCACGGCCUAAGAUGCCUUCCCGGUAGAAGCAUUUGAGCUCUUCCAUUUCCAUGGGUGAACACACACAACACUUCAUAUCAAGGAAAUCUAUUCAGGUGGGUGGUUUUAGCAACAUGCCCCUUUCUGGUUCAGUGGGAGGAAAUACUCAUUUUAAAAUCUUUUUACAGGUAGCAGCUAAUACCUUAACUAAAGAAAACAAAGAUCGUCUUUCAGAUAUUUCGCCAGGUAAGUUAAAAUAAGUUAGACCAUAUGUGGUCCAUGGUAUGGAUACCCCAAAACAUUAGUGUGUCAGGCAGAGGCGCCGACUUGGGUCCCCCAAUGUGGGUGUUGAACGUCGGCACGCACCGUGCCAUAAUGUUGCUCCAUCAUAUUGGAGUGGCUCUGGUGUUGCUACAGCGACUGGAUAAGGGCCUCCGCACACUGUUCCCUGCUGCCCUCCGUACCUGGUGCCUCCACACACAAUUUAUUCCAUUUCUGUUCAGCAAUCCUUGCAUCUUUUUUUCUCUGAGUGAAGCUUGAAAAUUAUUGCAUAGACCAGGAUAAAGACAUCAGAAUUCUCAGUCAGCUUUGUACAGUGUUGGCACAUAACAAUCAGUUUCUAAGCGUUAGCAUGUUGCUUUUUUCAGCCCUGUCAAAUUUUCAGCUUCUUUGUACAGUUCCUUGAAAUUUUUGAUGCAGAGUGUGUGGUUCUUUUUGAGGAAAAUAACCAGGUUCAAAAUGAUUUUUCCCCCUCCCCCUCAUGACAGGGCUGAGGGAAAAUCCAGGAAAAUCCAGGAGCAAAAUGAGUGACUUUGAAAAGACAAGGUAUAGUUUCUCUUGCAUUAUAAUAGUGGAAAUACUUUCAGAUUCAAAACUUCCCUUUGAAAUGUUUUUGGGGUUUCACCUUAACACCUUUAUUUAUUGUAGCUUUCAUACCUGGGUGUCCACUUUUUUUAAUUGGCCGUGAUAGCUGGGGGAGGGGGACGUCACCAGGACACUGGUCCCUGGUGCACAUGAGAGGUUGGGGACAAUCCCUGUUUCCCAGGGACAAGUUUCCCAGGUUGUGGGUUGUUGUUUUUUUAGAGCAUGAAAUGUGUGUGCAUUUGAGUUAUUGACAAAAGUAACUGUAUUUUUUAAUUCCAGAGAUGAGCUGAAUUCAAAAACUGAUUCUCAGAAAUGUCUGGACAAACAGAAAGCUCCCUGUAGUACUGUGCGACAGGUAACAGAUAUGUAAAAAGCAUGGCAUUGCAAAUUUAAGAAUUUACUGAAUGUCAGGAAUGCUGUUUACAUAUGGUUGGUGAAAGGCAUGUAAGAACAUUAUACAGCAGCAGCCUCCACUGAAUAUUUAAAACCAGGCAGUUUUUCGUUAUGGGAUUCUGUUCGUAGUGUUGCCUUCACAUGCACAAGUGAAACACAGCAGCAAGUACUUUUUUAAAAUUGUGGACUGUAUCUAACACUGCAGCUCCACUGGUGUGCUAUACAUCCAUGCCUGCAGUGGAGCUUUCUUCUGUCCCCUGGGUGUGCUCAAAAUCAGCUCUGGGGGGUUCAGGGACACUGGAAUAUAUUUUGGGGGCACGUGGAGGAAGGAGAGGAAGUCCUUUUGUGCCAGCGGAACCCCACGGGUGCAGCAUUGGACACAAGCCCUUGUUGGCAGGUUUCCUAGUCUCAGCUGGGAUCUCUUCCUAGCCUGAAGUCCAGGUGAAGACCACAAUACAUUAUGCCAGCUGCAUAAGUCUUUACCCACUCUUAAUUGCAUGUUAUGUUCGUAGUAGUCUUCAGACCAGACUGCAAUCCAAAUUGAGAUGAUAGAGAGCUAUAUGCUAACGAUUGUACAGUUCUUUCUGUAAGGAACAGGGUGGGUUUGUCUGAAAUGGGAGCAGGGGUAAGAAACAUUGAAUUUGUCAUGAAAGUUCUUCCUUCUUAGUGGACAGUGGCAUCCUGGCCCUGCUCUUAUUCCUGGAGGAAAGGGGCAAGUGGGUCCUUAUAAACAGAAUAAUCAGAUCAUGGGAGUGACCUGUUUCUGUCCCCGUCCCCCCUUGACUUUUAUCUAUGUUGCCAGCUUGGCAUAGUACAUAUUUUGUAGGGAUUAUUUGAAUAUUCUCAAGGUCUCCUGGGUUUGUUUGUGUUACAGUUUGUGUGCCAUUUUAGCUCCCUAAGAUUGCUACAGAAUUAACAUUUGAGUAAGAAAUAAAAAUGUGAAAUAUUAAAUUGAAACAACAUGUAUUACUGGUCUGAUAAGCAUAAUGUUUUGAUAAAGGAAACAAAGACAACAUUUGUCCCUUGUUGAUUUCUGCAGGGGACAAUAACACUGUCGUUGAAGAGUACUGUAGAAGAUGCAUGUACAUCAUUGAUGGAUCAGCGCUUUCACAAUGCUGAACAAUCCUUUGCACGAUUGUUAAGUGUUCUAGAUCCAUCCAACCUAAAGGUAAUAGGGAGAAUGCCAUGGUCGGCUCAAGAUAAGUUUUACCUUCUGUAUAUGUUUACGGUUCUUUUAAGCAUUCCUAAGAAAAGGGUAAAGGUUAGUUUUAUUAAGUACAUCCACUAUUAUAUUGUGCUAAGUAAUUGAAAUUUCUGGAAAACAGAACAGGAAAUAUGCAAAAUGGUUUUUCAGUGACUCUGAAAUCCAUCUUCCAGGUUUUGUGCAUUUUGUGUAGACAAAGGGAAACUGUCUUUCUAAUUUCUGUGUCAUAGUAAAUUAUAAAGGCAAAGUAACUUAUUUCUACGAUUCAGUUCUCUGUAAGGCUAAGGGUGGCAUCCAACAUUAGAAGUAAUCAGCAUAAACUAAUUGAAAUCAGUGGGCAGUUACUUAACUCCAUUGAUUUCAGUCUACUCUUUAGUACGACCUGGUUGUAUAUCACCCUAGGUGUUUGCAAAAUGUUGGGUUAAAUGUUGGGUUAAAGAUUUAUGAACAAAGUAAUCUUGUCAAGGAUAGGGAUCAGAUGCAGUUGAGCAGACAGAAACUGAAUAUAUAUAAAGUACAGGUUCCAAUGGAUACAAUUCUUUCUGUCAAGUUUUGUUAACUUGAGGAUGUGAUUUUUAAUGACAAAUCAUUUUUUCUUGUCUUCUCUUUAUUAUUAUUUUUUAAACUUGAUGCAGCCAUUGAAGUUUGCUAUUGUUGAUUAUGUCGUCAUCCUCUAUGGCUAUGCUACUGCUCUCCUUGGAAUAGGGCAGCCUGAGGUAAGAUUCAAGCUAUUACGUGUUGGCCAGGGCCCUCCUGCCAAUGUCUUCCUAGAACAGUGGGUGGCUGCUGACUUAGCUAGCACAGGAACUAAUAACUUGUUCCCAUCUAAACUGUUUGCAGGGAAAUGCCAUCUUUUUUAUUUGUAACAAAACUUGAAAUCAUGAAGUUGAACAAAUGUAUUGUAUAAAUAAUCUUCUUCAGUUUGAACAAAUAUUUCAUCCAUAUGUUCAGUGAGUUGUGUGCAGUCAUGGGGAUAUUGUUUUAUUUAAAACAGAGUACGAAACUCAAGAAUCCAAGGACCUGUAGGCAAGGAGUCCGGAAACUUAAUGACUGCUAUCCUGACAUGAGACAGAGAUUAUGUAACAUUUUUAUCAUGCACUAGGGAAGUCCACAUUUAAAUUUCAAAAUCUAAAAGUAGCCUACUUCUGCAGUUCACGUCACUAUGGUGGAAAUUUCCAAGAAAAACUUUCAAUCAUGCAUAGUUCUGUCCCAUAGGUGCCUAUAUUUUUUGCUGAAAUGCAGUCAUAGAAGGCAAAUGUAUUAGUUUAUUUUACUUCGGAAGCCUUUUGUAUCCUUGUGGUAUUAGUAGCCUUUGUGGUAUACUGCAUGUAUUGAAAACAAAAAUGGUCUGAUUUACCGUAUCUACGAAGGCAUCAGAUGUCAUUCUCAAAAUUCUCAACCUCAGUUAUUUUAAAAUGACUUUACCUUUAUGGUAAUCAUUUAACAUGCUAUCCCAAGAAGUCUUGAAAUCUCCAUCGUGUGCUGUAACUAUUUUUGCUUUAUAUUUCUUUUGCCUUUUGCUGUUUUGAUUGUGUUUGAAAUUAUUAUCAAACCGUUUCAUUUGUUUUCAAAGGAACUAACCAAAGCCAAAGACCAUUUCAAUAACAUAAUUGAGAAGUAUGAGAAAGUGAGAUUUGAUUGCUUAGCACAUUAUGGAAUUGGAAAAGUAUAUUUGAGACAAAAUAGGUGAGUAUAAUAUGUUGAUUUUAGAAAUUGAGCUCAUUUGUUCUUUAAAAACCUGAUCACUUAAAUACCUUGUCUGAGGACAGUUCUUGCACUUCUUGAAUUUGUCCAUUUCGCAUUAACUCUGAUCGCACUAGAGAAGACUAGUCAGAGCGGAAGACCAAAGAGGACAAAACUUUUGUAUCAUAUGUGUGAACUCUUAGGGAGGAAUUUAGAAAUUUUAUUUACCUAUUCAGUUGUCAGCUAAUACCACUCUCCAGAAAGGCAGGCUUAUUUGAGAUGAAAUAUAUGUUUAGUGAGAGAGUUAAAAAUAUGCCUGUGGCCUUUGAUCAGAUUGGAAAGAAAUGUAAUAGUCAACAGUUUUGCUUAAUGGCUUGGUGCUGUUUAAGCUGUAGGGGUCACUCAUAAUCAAACCUCCCUCUGUAUUGACCCCUGGUUGAGGAGUUUGACUUACAGCAUGCAGUUAAAGUAGCAUGGGGUGGAGAAGACUCCCCCAUGGCUUGCUUUUCUGACAAGGAGGGAUUCUAAGCCACUGCUUUCCGCUUCCCCUCAGUGUCUCUUUUCCCCCUAGCAAAUGCGAUUUUACUCCCUCUAAUAACUUGUGAGAAGCUGCCUGGGAGAAGAGGGAAGUCUGCCCUUUUGGUCUAGGGCAGGCACAUCCAACAGGUAGACCUGAAGCCCCCAAAAGGGGGUAGAUCACUGCCAGAUUUUAACACAGAGUAGAUCGCAGUCUCUUGGGAGUUGGCCACCCCUGUUCUAGGGAAAGGAGCCGUUGCCAAAAGUGAUCAGGAAGCAAGCAAGAUGAGUAAACAAUCGCGGCAGCCCUCCCUGCUGCACUACUGUGUCAAGGUGAGGGGAGAGUGAGCAUGCUUGACUUGAGCUGCCUCUUCAUUUUCAAAAGGACUAUGGAAUCCAGAGUUGACGUUUACCUCCUGUUAGAAAGGCAUAUAAACCUACCUGAACCCUGAGAUCAUCUUCUGAGGCCCUUCUUUGUGUUCCUCCUCCUUGAGAGGUCCAGAGGGUGGCAACACGAGAACGGGCCUUCUCUGCAGUGGCUCCCCAUCUGUGGAAUGCUCUCCCCAGGGAAGUUCACCUGGUGCCUUCAUUAGGCGCCAGGCAAAAAUGUUCCUUUUUAACCAAUCAAGUUGACCUGAUUGACAUCCUAUACCCUUUUAAAAUGGGGCUGUUUUUUGAGGGGAGUGUUAAUUGGGUUAUUGUUCUUACUCUGAUUUUAUAUAUGGUGAUCUUUUCUGUGAACCGCCCUGAGACCUCUGGGUAUAGGGCGGUAUAUAAAAUAAAUAAAUAGCCAGAACUAAAAAUUAAACCAGCCACAAUUACUUCCCAUUUUAAUAUUGUGUUUGGGGUCCUGGGGAGAGGAAUGACACUCAUCGUUUAUUAGAUUCCUAAACACGAAACACACUGACACUAGGGACGCUUGGAUAUAGCAUGUGACGUUGAGUCUUUUGGCGUACACGAUAGGUUUUCAGAAGCUCUGGACCAGUUUUUGAAAUCAAAGACCAUGAUUAGUCAUAAGAUUAUGCCUGGUGUAUUGACAUGGCCUACAACUUCCAUAGUUAUUGAAGAGACAAGAACAGAAAAAUUUCAAGUAAGUAAGAUUGUUACCCUGUAAAGCUAAACAAAACAAAACCCAGAUUGUAUAUCAUUUGUGUGGUGGCUGUCCAAGAUAAGUUCUGUCUAUAUUCUGAGGACUACAGCAAGGAAAAAAUUGGUAAAGCAGAGAAUCUUGCAUUCAUCUUCAGUGGAGGUGAGCGUACUUGAAUGUGUGACUCUGUCCAUCCUUUCCAGUAUAAGGAUUGCCCUUAGCAAUUGGGGAUCUAAAUACCUGCUAAGGGUCCCUGAAUGGCAAGGAAGUCUUUUGAGUGACUUGCCAGCUGCGCUGAAUAUGGGAUCUUUGUAGAAUACCUCGGUUAAUCAGCUGAAUUGUACUGGCAUCAGAAGUUGUAUUUAGGUCAAUUACCAUUCACUUAUUUGUACCUUCAUCACUGAGAUUGCCCCUUCCUCAGAACAAAAUUAAAGAGCAAUAAACCCAUUUGCUUUGUUUGUAGUUUGGCAGCGGAAUGGACUACUUUGGAAACCUUCGUUAGAGGUUUAUCAGCAGAGCUUGGGUGGCCAUCUGCCAGAGAUGUUUUAGCUGUGAUUCCUGCAUUGCAGGGGGUUGGAGUCGAAGCCCCAUGGGAUCCCUUCCAACGCUAUGAUUCUGUGAAUCUAUGAGCAGUACUGCGUGACUUCAUCUCACAUCACUGUAGUCAACUUUGAAAGCCUGGCCUCAUACAGAUGGGUUGAAUUCCUUCCUACCUAACAGGCAGCCUAAUAUUCUGUGGGGUGGCAAACAAUAGAAAGUGGAAGAAAUUGAAAGUCGAGGAAAUGAUGAAUAUUCAGUAUUCUGCUCGAUGAGACUGCAUUUAUAAACAUGCACACUUGGUAGUACAGAAUUUCCAGGGAAGGUGCUACAAUAUUUAACUUGCUUUGCUGCUUCAUAGGUUAUAUUGCAAGAUCACAUUGAAGAAUGCAGAUUUCCUCCAGCUCCACAUGCAGUUUGUCGCUACCAGCCGUGCCAAGCGCAGAAAAUAAAAAUCUAUUUUAGCGACCCAGAUUUCAAGGUAAUAUGAAGGUUGUUGAAAAGGAUUUUGAGGUACUUUUAAUUUAGGUGCACUUUCUCUUAAGAGGCUUAUGCAAAAUAUGUUUUGAAUAUUCCUAAUAUAAAUGGUGCCUUACUGUUGAACUCACAGUGCUCGCUUAUCUAUGAUCUCCAAACUUUAGGGUUUUAUACGUGUUACCUGCUGUGAACAAUGUAAAGUGGAGUUUCAUGUAAGCUGUUGGAAGAAGUUGAAAGCAGCAAGAUAUACAGAUAAAACUGAAAAGGUAACAUCAAAUGUUUAAUGCUUUACUUCUGUAGCCUCUGUAGCGAAAUCCUACCCACAAGUCCUUUUUCUGCUCACACCCACAGGACUUCCUUCGAGAGCUAUGUUUCACUCCAGAUUGUAGCGGUCUCAUUUCUAAUAUUGCUGUCUUCAGCUCCUCUGGUCUAAUCAAAUGUGAGGUAAGAAUUGAUUUCUGGUUGGUAUUUUUUAUAAUAUAAAUACUAGAAAUGGAAUUAGAUGAAAAGAAACCUUUAUUAUUACCUGCAUUCAACAUUUCCAAAUUUGUUGUCAUACUAUAUAAAUUUCAUUUUUGUUUCUUUGCUUUGACCUAAUGUCAAAACAGUAUCUAUUUUAUUUUCCACAAUUCUAAGCACUGUUACGGAAAAUAAAUCUUUGAAGCUCCCGUUAUUCUUUUCUCCUCUUAGUAUGAAGAUAAAAUAAAAAGCAAGAAUCCUCCAAGGCCCAUUGUUAAACAGGAAUGCACAAGGUAAGUUUCCUAGCUAGUCAUAUAAUACUAGCAGUUCGUUUUCAGAGCGGCUGACACAAGAUGGUAGUCUCAUUGAAGAAUAUGGGGGUUUGUAUCGCCACCUGUUGUCCAAGGCAGGAAAUAUUCAGCGUAGGGUAAGGGAAAUUGGCCAAAAUGGUCUCUAUCUCGUUUUCUGGUUAAGGGAGACUUUUGUUUGCUGGAAAGACCUUACUGGAUACAAUCCUGAAUAUAUAUUUGGAUACUUGAAGGCCUGUUCGCAUUUAGUGUCAUAAUGACCUUCACAUAAGGAUUGCCGCCGGAUUACGUCUUCAUGUGUCUGCUAUGAUUGAUACAGUCAGGCAGCUCAUUGAAAGGCUGGCUGACUCUUUCGGGAGCUUCUGUCAUAUAUUAACAGGCCAGGAGACUUAUUUUUCCUGAAAGAGCAGUAGUCUUGAAUAUUUACAUUUCAACUGAAAAAUGUCUAAUUGCUUUUAAAAAUAAAAGGCUUCACUUUAAGUUGACUGUGUCAGUUCUAGGACCCUACAGAAAAAACAAGAGAGAAAACGGAAGAGGAAAUUAAUGAAAGAAGACACUUUACUGUCACUAGGCAACUUUGCAGAAGUACUUCACACAGCAGACUCUAUAUCAAAUGAUGACAGUGAUAAAGGUAUGUGAUAGUAAAUACAGUGGUGCUCCGCAAGAAGAAUGCCUCGCAAGACGGAAAACUCGCUAGACGAAAGGGUUUUCCGUUUUUUGAGCUGCUUCGCAAGACGAAUUUCCCUAUGGGCUUGCUUCGCAAGACGAAAACGUCUUGCAAGUUUGUUUCCUGUUUAUUAACACCGUUAAAAAAGUUGCGACUUGACUUCGAGGAGCAACUCAUAGAACGCAGUGUAUAUAGUAGCCUUUUUUGAGGUUUUUAAAGACUUUGGUGAUUUUUGAAGUUUUUCCAAAACUUCUUUUGCAGCCAUUUGGUAAGUUAAGCUUUUAAAACUUUUUUGGGGGGUUUUGGAUUUUGGGUUGUGGUGUUUGGAAUUCAAGGACUUGGUGUUGGGGAGGGGUUUGCAAGAAUCUGGAAGCUUGUGUGUGUUUUUUCUGCAUUUUUCUGAUUUUCUGUGACCAUUGGGCCACUCUGCUGUUUUUUAAAAAAAAUUCUGGGUUUGAAUUUCUGUGUGCUGGGUGGCUGGGGGAACAGUUGGGGAGGGGUUUGCAAGAAUCUGGAAGCUUGUGGUUUUUUUCCUGCAUUUUUAUGAUUUUCUGUGACCAUUGGGCCACUCUGCUGUUUUUUUUAAAAAUUUCUGGGUUUGAAUUUUGAAAUGCUCUUUACAGUAUGUGUGACUUUAAAGAGCACUUAAUAAACUCUUGUUGUACCAAAUUUGGCUUUGUUUGGACUUUUUUGACCAUAGGAACGCAUUAAUUGAUUUUCAAUGCAUUCCUAUGGGAUUUCGUGCUUCGCAAGACGAAAAAUUCGCUAGACGAAAAAAUUCGCGGAACGAAUUAAUUUCGUCUUGCGAGGCACCACUGUACCUGUAUUGAGAAUACCUUGAUUCCCCCCCCCCCCCAUGGGGUCCUGCGUUUCUGUUAUGUAUCUGGGCAUUCACUGUUUUGUUUUUGCUUUUUAAUCUUAGGGAGUAGUGGUGGCCUUGAUCACAAGAAUUAUUUUGCUGGGGAUAGAGUCCUGCAGCUUAUUACGCAGAAUUUUGAGAAAAUACGGAGAGGCGUACGUGAUGGCUUCAAACUUCUUAAUGAACUGUUUUCGUGGUGGGUAAUUAGCGAAGCGGACCACACAUGGUUAUCAACAAACUGUGUAACCUCAGUUGAAGUAAUGGAUCAGAUUGUAAGCUCCGUAAUUGACAAAAAUAAUAGAGUGGCGACAAGAAUUUUUGUUCAUGUUUUAAGUGAGCUUGAAGAAGUGGAUCCUAGACUACACGACUUAAUGAAACAUCUUGAUAGUAAUGGUAAGAGUAAGUUAUUUGUGGUUAUACUGUAACAUAAAACUGAGGCUUAGUUCCAUUACAGGGUUUUAACUCUUGAGCAUUUAUCUAUUAGGCUUGUUCACAUUAGAUAUGAGAGCUGGCUGCAAUUGCAGCUGAUCUGAAAAUAAAAGUUAGGAACUGGAUUUGUAAAUAAUUCUGAUCAACAAAUCCCUCUCUGUUUAUAUUUAUAGUUAAAGCAUAAGGUUAUGCUUUAAGUAUCAAAAGCAAGGAUAUAAGUAAUUGGAAAAUUUAUGCCCUUGCUGGCCAGCACUGUAAUUUCCUACAACAUUCCAAAGUUUUGAUCACUGCUGUUUUCAGUUUUUUACAAGCAAGAUGUGGGUAGCAAUAAUUACAUUUCCAAUGCACUUCUUGUUCCUUAUUUUUAAUUUUUGUACUAAUUUCCAAGUUUUAUUAUGCUCCUUUAAUAUUCUCAAAAUAGUCUCAAUAUAUUAGACUGCACAUUUCCUGCUUAGAAUUGUUUGCUGAGAAGACGUUCAAACCAAGAUGCUCAUUUGUUCUUCACUCUUAGCCAGGCAUAGGCAAACUCGGCCCUCCAGAUGUUUUGGGACUACAACUCCCAUCAUCCCUAGCUAACAGGACCAGCGGUCAGGGUUGAUGGGAGUUGUAGUCCCAAAACAUCUGGAGGGCCAAGUUUUCCUAUACCUGCUUUUAGCACACCGCUAGUUUUGCUUUUGCAUCUUUGCAGUUUCUCAUACUGUUCAGGCAGACAACUUUAUGACGGGUGCGUGGAUCAGUUUUGUUCGUGGUUACUUUAUGAUAGGAUACUUGUAUCCUUAGCCAGCUCUCAGUGGGCUCAAUCCAGAUGGACUUUUCAUCUGGCAGAGGCCUUUAUGAAUGACUUGGUGGGAGGAGAGGGAGGUGAUUUUCUCUGAGUUUCCCUGCACACACACUACAUUCCGUGCUCUUCCAGAUGGUCCCACAACCCUCCAGAGCAGAUUUUCAGAGAGGAGGGGAAUUGGUGAAAUGGCUUCCUCCUUUCCAAUGGCAAAUGCCUUCACUUGAUCGGAAACCUUUCUGUGAACAGAAGGGUAUUGUUGGAUACAACCCAACAAAAGUAUUCACAGCUUCCCUCCCCACAUAUUUCAAAGAGCAAUGGCUCCUAGUGUCGUUGUCCCUGCCCCAGCUUUGGGGUGGGCGCUGGUAAUUUUAACAAGUUCCAGAUAAUGAGUUUUUCACUAUACUAUCCCCCAUCUAGUUGGUCUAAUUCUUGGAGAUCUACCCCAAAAAAUGCUUCUUUGAAAUGUAAGCAGGUCAAAUCCUUGUGUAUGUCUGCCCUAGAAGGUAAAAUAUAUUCUGUGAUGUGAAUCCACUUUUGGGUGUUAUAAUUUAUAUUUAUUUUUGCAGGUUUAAAAGCUACAAAACAGUUUUUUGCCAAGUAUGGAACAUGCAUCUUACAGCUUGAUCUUGACUUCAUAGCAGUGCUGUGGAAUGAGAAAUAUGGCAUUAAACUAGGCAGGGAGUUCACCUGCACAUCUCCAGAUAUGAUAGAUGAGCUAUCGUUGAUAGAACUUCGGUGUUUUUUAUGGCUCUUAGAAGAGAACAGAGAGAAUUUUCCAUCUCUCCUUCAAUACUUAGAUGACUAUUUUGAUAACAUGGGUAAGUAUACUAGGAUGACGAAAGGGAGUUUAUUAUCCCUUUAACUUUAUCAAUGACUUCUUAGAUUUUGUGAGGGGAACAGUGGUGGGCAGCAAUGAAAGGAUUCAGACCAGGUGAACUGUAGGUUCUGUGCAGGUGGUUCAGCCCACGUGGGGAAGGAAAUGCGAAACCCCAUGUUCCAUUAUCCUUCUAAUUGCAGUUGUGGGGAGAUGCUGCUUUCUUUAUGGGGCGGGUUCUGAGUUGGUUGCUGUGUAUGGUGGUUUAUGUAUUCAGUAUCACUUUAGUCAUAAACAUGUACAGUCGUACCUUGGUUGUCAAACGGAAUCGGUUCCGGAAGUCCUUUCGACUUCCGAAAAAGUUCAGAAACCAGCCAAUCGGAAGCUGCGGAAGCUGUGUCGGACAUUCAGUUUCCUAAAAAAGUUUGCAAACUGAAACACUCACUUUGGGGUUUGCGGCGUUUUGCUCCGGCGGGAAGGUAAACGGCGUUUCCGUGCGCUGCUCUGGUUCGCCAGAAGCGGCUUAGUCAUGCUGGCCACAUGACCCGGAAGCUGUACGCCAGCUCCCUCAGCCAGCAAAGCGAGAUGAGCGCCGCAAUCCCAGAGUCUGUCACGACUGGACCUAAUGGUCAGGGAUCCCUUUACCUUUAUGUUCGAGUCACAAGGCAUUUGAAAACCAAGGUAUGACUGUACUGAUUUCAGCAGGACAUAGGCAAGUUUCUUUUGAUUCAGAACCAUUGGCUUUAAGCAGCUAAAAAUAUACUCUGUUGUAAGAACUCAGGCCUCUUAUCAAAGUACUGUAAUUAUUUGGCCAACAUGGUUAGAUAUCUCUAUAUAGUAUAAUGAUUUAAAGCAUAUGCACAACCGUGAGAGGACAGGGCUAUUUACUAAAGUUACGGCGCAGUUGUUCAAAACUGUUUAGAGCUUUGUGCUUUUGUCUUAGAUUUUUGUUUUGUUUUUUUAAAUAAAAUUUAUUUUAAAAAUAGAUAAUCGGUAUACUGUAAUAAGGAAGGAAGAGAAUGCAACUGCCUCAGUAAGUUUUUAUGUUUAUUCCUUUCUUGAAAUGAAAGCAAAUACAUUGCAAUCAGAACCCUUUCUAAUAUAUUUAGGUAGAGUGUUCCCCUUAUAUUGCACUGCUGCUUUUAUAACACACAUUUGUUGCAGAGUUACAGUGCAGUCCAAACCCACGGUCCGCCGGGAUGAGAGAACUUUUCAUUCAGGAGAUUUUUGGCUUUGCCAGCUGGGCACAAGUCUCACCGUAGCUGAGCCAGAGAUUUGCCGGAGUGCCCCUCACCACAGCUCAGCUGGUGGGACUUCACGCUAGUGAAAGACCCCCAAAAGGGGUGUUCUGAGGUGCAGUGGGGAUGAUAACAUGGCAAGGAAAGACUUAAACCUGUUCCAAACCCCUUUCAGCCCAGUCACGGGAUACUGGAAUCUUGAGUACUCACCAAAUUUCUGGUGUUUAUCAUGUUGCUUAUUAGCUUGUUAGAGACACCGUGUAUCCCUGUCUCUGCUGACAUGGCUUGUCCUGCAGACCCUCCUUCUUGCAUCCGUUAAGGGACCCUUCGUACAUACACAGCAGGGCAUGCAACGUCGUCGUAGGCUCAACAGACUCCUGCAAAAACCUGGGCAAACCAAUAUGUAUUUCCACUUAGCACCAAAAUAAGUAAAGCGAUAGCACCAAUCUCACGUCUGAGGGAGGAGCAUUUCAAAGGGGGAGGAACCACCACACAGCGAUCAUUUAGUUUUGGUGUUUGUCAUCAUGAUAAGCUCUUACUGAAAUAGUUAUACAUGGCGUCAUGUUGCUCUGAAGGGGAAAAGUAGAAAAGAAAUGAGGAAACAGACGUAGGGAUUUUGUUUCCUUGCUAGCGAAGGUGAAGAAUGGAAAUAGAAUGUGCAAAUAAAAUAAGCAGUGUUAUGGUAAUAUUUUUUCCUGGUGGUGGUCACGACUAAACCAUCUCUUUUUCUGCCUAGAAUAAUACUAUCAAAGUUAAAAACAGAAACCGAAAGAAGGCAAAGGAACCAAAGGUAUAUCUUUAUUUCUUUAAAGGAGUCCAUGCUGGUAGAAUGCAGCAAAAGAAGCAAAGCUAGUAAAUGCCUAUGUACUGUUCUCUCUUCAAUUUCUUCUCCCCUUCACUCUUUCUAGACUUCCUCAGGCCUGGUUCACAUGCCAAGUUAGACCAUAGCUGAUGUUUAGCUAACUGAAAUGCGAAUGAGCAGUGUGCUAGUAGUGCAUUCUGCUUAGAUGUCCCUACUUUGCCCCUCCCAUGCCCCUGGCCAUGCCAGGAGCAGCAAACCACAAGCCUUGGCUUUGUCACGUCAUUUGAAACUGGGCGUGUGAUUUGCCUCUCUCCAACUAGGCCAUGACCAGCAAGCCAAGAACAGAGCUUGGUUCACCCCUUGUGGUUUGAUGGGAAGGAAACAAACCUUGGGCCCAGGUUCAGAUGAAACAACAAGGCAGGUAUUGUGGCAUGUUGCUCCUGGCAUGGCCAGAAGCGGGGUAGAGUGAGACCGGGACUUCUGAGCAGCAUGCGCCAGCACCUUAGUUUUUAAUCAGUUGGGGAAAAGGCCAUAGCUCAGUAGGAGGAGGUGGGACUGGUCAUGUUGCCUCUCAAAACUCCUGCAGACCUGCUGCUGGUCCAUGUGGAUAGUAGUGAUCCUGUUCAUCCUAACAGUCUGUUGUGAUAUAAGGCGGCUUCUUAUGUUCCUGUCUAUUAUCAACAUAAUUUUGCAUAGAAGCAGAACAGUAGAUUUGGAGAAAAAUGUUUGCUGCAGCUUUAAAGAGUCACUCUGGAUUGAGUAGUGUUCUUCCUGCUUUGUAUUUCUAGUUUUGAAUAAAAAAAUUUGGUGUGUAUCCAUCUGUGUCCCACUGCUGCUAAAAGGCUCUCUGCUCCAGAGGUGGCUCCUGGGGAUAGAAAGGAGGAGGAGCUGGUUUUCUCUAAUUCCCCCUUUCUCUUGCACCCCCAAUGCCAGUGCCACCUCCCAUGUUGUUCCAAGUGGUCUUCCUAUCCGUAGAACAGAUUUGGAGUGGGUGGGAGGAGGGGGUUUAGGAGGGAAGCAGUGAAAAUGGCCUCCCUCCUUCCUUGAAGAGAAGCUUCACUGUAACAAAGAACCUUCUGUGAGUGGAGGACACAGUUGAAUGUUGUGAUCUACUUUUCUUACAAUCACUGCCAAACCUCAUUUUUUGGCGGUGGGGGGGCAUUGAAUAAAUGUGAACUAGGGAAGAAGGAUUAUAUAAAUGAGUCUGUUGAAUUCUGAAGAUGGAUUACUUCGUUUUAAAAUUUUACGUGUCAUUAUGUAACAAGUUUCAAUUCUUUCCUUGUUGAUUUAGUCUAUUUUAGUCCUGUCUGGUGGAGUUGGUACAGUAACUCGAGAGGAAGACAAUAUAUUUUCAGAAGAAAGCACCUUGUAAGUUCUGGCACAAAAAAUGCAUGGAGCAUGCUCUUGCCAAAACACCUUUAGGCUGCAGUCCUAAGCUAACCUACCUGGAAGUAUGUCUGGUUGAACUCAGUGGGACUUACCUUUGAGAACACUAGUACACUGUUAAAUUCCUUUGACUCCAAUGAGAAUGUUAUGCAUGUGUCUCUAUUUUUUUUUUUACGGCACCUGAAGCACGCAGUGACAUUUUAUAGAAAUUGUCUUUGAACUGCAAUUGUUACAGUGUAUUUAAAUAAAUAAAACUGAAAAAUAAAAUUUACUAAUCAGACAAUAACAUUGCUAACCAGACAGCUUGAAUGUUACCCUAUUAGUUUGGGGGUAUUAGAGGUGAACGUCUUAAUUCCUCAUUGUUAAAACUUAAUGUUUUUCCGGUGUCUUGGGAGACAGUGAUACCUGAAAAAUGUUACUUUUGAGAAAUGAAACCCUUGUAUUCUUUCUUCAUCUAUUGAUUACACGAGUGACUGAGAAUAGGAGAGGUGCAAUAUGGGUUUUUCUGUGGACUAAUUAAUUAAGCCUUAUGCCCCUGGAAAUAGUUUAAGAACAGAAUCCAUGACAACUUGGAAGCGCAAUGUGCCUUGUAACCAAGUUUAAGAUGUGCCAUGAUAAUAUUUAAACAUGAUGAAUUCUAUUUAUUGAACCUCUGUCCUCCCCCCCCCCCCCCGAGGAAAUCCUUUACUCCAGAUUCAAAUGCUGCCUGGCAGUUCUAGAGAAGCAUUGUUAUAAUAUUCCUGUUAAUCUCUGCCAUUGUAUUUUUGAGAAGCCUUUACAGAGAAUAUCCCACAUUAAUACAUCUCCAUGUUCCAUUUCUGAUGACAUAAGAGGGAUGUUCCUAUUGUAAUUCCUGGUGGGAUGAAUUGAACUUAAUGGUCAGACAGAUAGCAAGUAGAGCAUUUAUUUACAGAUAUUAAUGCAAUAACCCAGAAAGUAUGUACUGUUGCCCUUACAGCUGAUCUGCAAAAUAUCCAGACUAUGCCAGUGCUCCUGUUAUUGACUGUAAAUUGUACAGCUGAGGUUGUUUUUUUAUUGUCUUAGUUUAUUUUUAUUCUGUCUUAAUAUUCAUCUUACGCUUGAAAGCAUGUCUCUUUGUUAUUGUUAUGGCCUAUGCCUAAAACAAAUAAAACGGCUGUUGAGCUUUUUAUUGUUCACUGUGAGUUGGGAGCUUUCCAUUCAUAAGGAGCUUGCUCUUCUUAAAGUCUGUUCUUUGUCUUCCCAACAGUUUUAUGAAUCCACGUGACCCUUUCAGAAUCCCAGAUGGUCUUAAUGAGCAGGUGGCGAUAUUUGAAGCUUUGUAUAAUAAUUUUUCCUCCGGUAGCAGUUACCAGAGAAUUUUGGACAAUUACCCAGACCCAACGUGUGAAAGCUUAUAUGAGUAUGUUUCCAUUUCCUUUUCCUUCUUUAUUUUCCAACAAGCAGAAAAAAUAAUGAAGGUAGAGCUGAGGUCCCUUGGAUAUAGGCAUCAUCCCCAUCCCCAGAGGAGGAGGAUUGGGAUUUAGAGUUUUCUCUCGAGUCUGCUCUCACCCAAGCUCCAAAAUGGAAUCUUUAACUCCCCUGGGUUUCAAAAGCAGUUUGAGGAUUGAGCACAUAGGUGCUAACAGUAAGGCAUAGGAACAAGAGUACCGUAUUUUUUGCACCAUAACACUCACUUUUUUCCUCCUAGAAAGUAAGGGGAAAUGUCUGUGCGUGUUAUGGAGCGAAUGCCUACGGAUGGCAGGGUAUCUGCUGCAGUUGUGAGCAGAGGAUCCAUGGUUCCCCUUCCUUCCCUCCUCCGUGGCUCGCUUUGAAACAGCAAAGCGGGAGAAGAGCCCCUGCAGAGGUGCAAAAACACGUUUACAAAGCAUGGAUCCACAUGGAUCCUCAGGAUUUUUGCAUUGGGCUACCCCAAACUCACCGUCAGAUCACAUGUCUGUGGCCACAGCAUGAACCACAAAAAUCAUACAUCCAUUGUUUUGUUUAGAAUAUUUUUUUUCUUGUUUUCCUCCUCUAAAAACUCUGUGCGUGUUAUGGUCGGGUGCGUGUUAUAGAGCGAAAAAUACGGUAUGUGUUUCAGACAUUGAAAUCUUCCUAUGAUUACUAAUGGUUAUACUUGGGUACUGAUUACUCAGCACUAACAGAAUUCUCUUUGUUUCCUGACAUUUACUUCUACCUUUUAGCUGCCGAAGAAAGCAAGAAAAGUGGGAAGUGAACUUUUUAGGGGACAGGCAUUGGAAAUACGAUGGGGCACUUCCUUUCCCAUGUGUUUCUUCUCUGAGUCUCUAGUCCCUUUUUCUUUGACAUAUUUGCACCCGAAACUCAUGCAGUUUUAAUCGUUGCCACCCAAAGCAUUGACUCCUGCUUGUUCAAGUUGGCAAAGGUGUUUAAAAAUGCCUGUUGGUCCCCAGUGAGGAGGAGGCAAGUUGGCAUGAUGGUCUUGAGCAUCAUAAGACACGGUUUGGUGCUUAGGGUGACAACAUUAUUCUAUCAGUUUACAUAAAAUAAAAUGUUGACGUGAGAUCGGUAGGUGUUUUCAAACCUCUUUUAUCAUGUAUACAUUGGUAGCUUUUGUUAAAUGAGUUGUGAUCGCACAGCUUCCUCUUGAACUUAGAUAUGACUUUGAUUGCUUUCACAGCUAUUUUUCUCAAAUCUUGGAAGAACAUGGCCCCAUGGAAAUUGAUAAUUCACUAUUAGUUGGAGAGUAUGAACACUUUCCUGCGGAGACUCGUAAAAUAGUAGAGGAUGCUGGUGGUCUGAAAUCUUUCCUUCUGGAAUCUCUACGUUUUGUUAUGAUUGGCGACCUUAUUGGCUUGAUGAAACAUUCAGUGAUGCUGAAGGAAAAUGCGGAUGUCACCGGAGCUGCAGAAAGGACUAAAAAUGAAGAAAAUUUCUCGGCAAGCCUUCCUAGUCAAGAAAACAGCAAACCACGUUUAAACCCAGCUGCUAAGGAGUUCCAGCCCACCUCAUAUAUUAACAAUCCUUAUGUGUCAGUAUCUACUAAUACUCCAGCCCAUGAUACUCUGGAAUAUAUGACUACCAGCCAUUCCGCUUUUAGUCCAUUCGUUCCCACAUACUCCCUUUCCACUCCGGUAACUGACAUGAUGGCAGCAUCACUGCCUAUGCCAGAUGCCUCUUUGCCUUCAGCUUUACUCCAAAGCCAUCCAAUAUUUCUGAAUGAGAUUCAGUCAGAAUAUCAGAGUGAGAGAACAUUGCCAACGAUUCCUGAAAUGCUAGAUAUUUUGGAGCAAUCUAAUUAUAUAUAUCCAGAUGCUUUCCUUGAUAUUGACCCAGAAGUGAUAUCAAGCGAGGAUGGCGAAGAUAUUCUUGUGGCGAAUGAUGAGGUGCAACUGUCAGCAUUGUCUGACGUUUGCUCUUGUGAAAAUAAUCCUGAUAACAUUGAGAAUAAUAGUAAGGAAGCUGGAUGUGACUCUGUUACUAAAAUGGAAACCAAUAAUAAGUCUGUAGCAAGAAACAAACCCCGUUCUAGGAUGAUUGCUAUUCAGGUGAGAAUAAUAAGCUGUGCACAGUAUUCGUUGUGGAGCUGACAGUGUUUUUGUUUUUCUGUGUUGUAUGUAUAAACUCUGGAGUGAGUUUCAUUGGUGUGGUAUAUCAGUUUGCUUCUUUCAGUGCCUGUUCGCUUGAUAAAGAAUUUAAUUAUAGACAUGUUGUCUCUAAUAUGCUAUCUGCAUCUAGUUUGCUAUGUUCAUCUCAAUGUGUAAAGAAGUUUCUUCUUUUAAAAAGGCAUGGGAAAGCAGUAUAAAUUACUAUUACUAAUGUUUUUUAAAAUAUCUGUGUUAGACUUGAGAGUCAACAUGGACGUGGCUUUCAAACAUGGUACCCAAAACUAAGUUCAUUAGGUGGACGCAAUGCCAUUAUCGCAAGUUUCCCUUGUGCAUCUGUAUACUAUCAUCUGUGAAGAACACACAUGACUAUUUUGCUAUGUGAAAAGCUGUUGCCAGCUUCCUGCAGGAUAAUGGACAAAAUAGCACAUGAUAUCCAUGGCAUUACUCAUGUGUCCGCCCCCCCCCUUUCUACAGCUGUAUUCUGUGUAUGAAAAAUGUGUGGAAAGUGGUUUUCACUGGAGUUAAAUAGUGUGUUAAGAUUAGUGAACUUCUAGAAAAAAGCGGACCUGAAAUCAAACUUGCUUGUCUUCAUUUUGCAUUUGGCCCUAUUAGCCUCAUAUUGCUUAAAGAACACAAGUGUAAUUUAGGGAGCAGAUUUCUGCAAUGUUUCUAUAAGGCCAGUUUCCAGCGGGGAUACCUUCUGUGCCUGGAAUGGCACCUGGCUUCCAGUUCUAAUGACCUUUAAGGUUUGUUAGUUCUGCCUCCUUUCCUGAUGCCUGCUGACCAAGGACGGAUCAGAGAGGAGAAAGACUUUUCUGGGCCGCUCUCAGGCUAUAAAGGGAGACCUGACUGGAGGAUAGGCUUUUUGUGCUUCCCCCUUCUCCCACACUGCAUUAUAAUCCUUAGUCUUGGCACUGUAUGUAACCUUUAUGGUGGACUUCUACAGACCUAGUGUGUGAGAGGUGCUCAUUUCCACCGACUUGUCAUGACAAAUGUCCUUCCCCUCCCUCCCGUCAAAUGGAUGGUUGAAGACAAGUUCACAGAUUUCUUUUGAAGAACUGUUAGGAAACUAUUAUUGUUCUGGCCGACAAUUAGCUGUUUGUAUUUGGGACAUGGGUGGCGCUGUGGGUUAAACCACAGAGCCUAGGACUUGCCGAUCAGAAGGUUGGCGGUUCAAAUCCCCGCAAUGGGGUGAGCUCCCGUUUCUCGGUCCCUGCUCCUGCCAACCUAGCAGUUCGAAAGCAUGUCAAAGUGCAAGUAGAUAAAUAGGUACCGCUCUGGCGGGAAGGUAAACAGUGUUUCCGUGUGCUGCUCUGGUUCACCAGAAACGGCUUAGUCAUGCUGGCCACAUGACCCGGAAGCUGUACGCCGGCUCCCUCUGCAAGCAAGAUGAGCGCCGCAACCCCAGAGUCGGCCACGACUGGACCUAAUGGUCAGGGGUCCCUUUACCUUUAUUUAGGGACUAUGAAACUCUUGUUCACCUGCUGAGUCUGCUUUUCUUUAUUACCUUUGCUACUUCAGUUUGUGGUGGCGGGCUUGCAGUUAGGCAUCAAUCAGAAGUUAUAAAAUCAAAUAACUCAAUUUACAGAGCUUUCUGGGUGGUGGUGUUGAGGGAACACAACUGCGUACAUAUUUACCGGGCAAAGAAAUGAUCUAUGGGAAACACAUUGUCUGUGAAAUGUUGGGAUAUAACUUAACCUCUAUUGAAACAGUUUCUGGCUCUUUGCAUUUUAGGUAGAUCAAGAACUAGCAGACGUGGGAAUCAAUACUUUACCUUUUCAUCCAUAUGAAACCCAACAAGUAAGUGCAUGAGUGGAUGUCCACAGAUGGCCCGGUGAGGAAGCAAAAGCAUACUUCAGAAUAUGUUUUAACAAAUGAAAAAUGCUAUUAUGUAAACCUCUAAGCUGAAAUAUCCGUGAGCCUUGCUCACAGAUAGUACCAUCUCUUUCUCUCUCUUUUUAAUUACUUAGUUUAUUGUUUCUUUUAGUUGAUUUUCCAAUUUGGUUAAGUAUUAACUUCUGCAACGUGGCUAAGAUUACACGAAAUACUUUUAUCUCUGUUGGUUUUGCGGCUCUUAUGUACCUGCACUUCUUUGUAGAAAUAACUCAAGAAACUGUGCUAGCUCUGUUGGAAAUUUCAUAUUCCCUUGGCAUGAUUUUUCUCAUAUCACACAUUUUGAAAAAUUGAAGAACUUUGUAGGCAAUAACAUUUUUUGGUGACAAGAACAGUGAUUAUACUGUGCCUUAUAUAUACGGACUAUAACUUCACUGUUGUAGCAUUUAAAAUUUUAUCUGCAUACUUCUUUUUUCAGGGAGAUAUGUUACGUAUGGAAAAAGAACACCAGGUUCUACAAGAGCAGCUUAAAGAAGCAGGUGAAAAAUAUGAGCAGGUUAAAUAUCGAAGCUCAGAAGAAAUCAAUGUAUUAGAAGCUGAGAUUUUACAACUUGUUCAAGAAAACAAGGUAAUAAAUCUUUAUGAAUAUAGUAUCAAAGAAAAAUGGCCAUCAGUACAGUUGAAACUUAAACUCCUAAACAUAGUGAGUUGGCUCCAAAGACGUCCUUCUGUGAAUGUGAGGUCUGCCCUAAAGGAUUUUGGGGACAGCUAGCAGCAAAGCUGCAAAUCUUAUACUUGUGUACCUGGGAGUAAAUCCCAUUGAGUUUAAGGGAAUGUACUUCUGAAUAGACAGAUAUGGACUGUACUGAACAUAUGCAGAUGAUGACCCACUUAAUGAUGAUGAUCAUAAUGAUAAUAAUUUAUUUAUACCCCGCCCAUCUGGCUGGGUUUCCCCAGCUACUCUGGGUGGCUUCCAACAAAAUAUAGUCCUUCAGAUAUUAAAAGCUUCCCUAAACAGAGCUGUCUUUAGAUGUCUUCUAAAAGUCUGCUAGUUUUUUUCCCCUUUGACAUCUGGUGGGAGGGCAUUCCACAGGGAGGGCGCCACUACUGAGAAGGCCCUCUGCCUGGUUCCCUGUAACCUCACUUCUCGCAGGGAGGGAACCACCAGAAGGCCCUUGGCGCUGGACCUCAGUGUCCGGGUAGAACAAUGGGUGGAGACGCUCCUUCAGGUAUACUGGACCACAUCCACAAGUAUAAGAUUCCAGAAGAAACAACUUAUGGUAGCCACAUAAAAAUAUUUGCAGAACAGUGCUGGUGGCUACUUUCCUUCCACUUACCUACCUUUGGAUCAAAAGUAUCACAUGGAAGUGCCUUUCACUAAAAAUAAGGGGAUAUUUGUCCCUGUUAUGGCUGUGGUUUGUACAGUCCUGUGGCUUGCUCAGUAUACUGUGUUCGUGUGCUUAGUGGCAUUUGCUCCCCCCCCCCCAAGUAGAAUCUCCCCCGUAUGCGAAAUGGAGUGACUAAAUGCUUUUUGCUGCGCAGAAUGAAUAACUUGCUUUGGAAGGAAAAGUCAAAGGUGCAGGUACACAAAAGGCUAAAUACACUUAAGAGAGGGGUCAUCAGUCCUUUGUGUUCAGGAUAAUGGCUAGCCUUCCCAACCACAUCCUUCACUUCCUUUGGAAAUAUUCACUAUAAAAUAUGUUUGUGGUUUUUUUUAACAUUUAAACAAGUUUCACAUAACAGAAACAAUAAUAAAAAUGCACUAAUCAGAGAGACGGAGCAAUGGUACAACCAGAUGACAAAAGAAAUAUAUUGUUGGACUUGGGAGCUAUGUUUAUGUCAUUGACUCCCACCUCCCAUAUUUUAUAGCUCACUAGAAAAGAGCUGGAUUGGUUCCAUCAAGAUGCAGAAACAGAAAUGAAAAGAUGGCAACAGGAGAAGAAGGAAAAUCAAGAAGGAUUAAAAGUGGGAAAGAAUAAAAUAAGGAAGCUAACAGAAACCAAUGAAGGGUAAGUUUUUCCUAAAAGUGAAAGCUAGUUUGCGGGAGAGGGUCAUGAAGGGAAGAGGUUAUGUAAGUGAUUACAUUUUUGCGCAUCUAAACUUGUAUCAAUAAUACUACUCAGACUUAAUUCUGCUUAUUACAAUGCUUGCACUUAACUGACCACAUUUGCAUGUUGUGUUAAACCACAGUUUACCAUAACAUACACAAGCAGGAGUGAGCUGCAAUGAGCCUCCGGUUUGCACACUCCUAACUCUACUCUUGCAUGGCCAAGCAAAGGAGUUUGGAAGCUUUUCCUUUUGCCUUUGACUAACUAUGGAUUGACUGACAAAUUGUGGUCAACAAUGGCUGUGGCAAUUUUAAAACAAGUUUCAAACUUGUUUCUGGAGCUGCCUUGAUUUAAACUAAGGUUAACCACAGUUUAUCCAGGUUCAGAUGAGACUGGAAGCUGUGCGUAACUAAAAGCAGAAGCAAAUGCUUCCUAGUGCCUUCUCUCUGGCAUGAGUAGAAUGAGGAAGCACAGAAACCUAGUGUAUUCUUCAGCAAACCCUUGUUUAGUGAGGCAUGUGAAUACUGAUGUUGGAACAUUAUGAGACUAUAUGGAUACUUUGUGAAGAUGUGGUGUAACCCUGCUAUCUAUCUCCACAAUACUCAAACUUGCUGCUUGUUGAUUUGUGACAUUACAUCAGUCUGAUCUUUCUGCUAUUCAUCUAUCAGUGUAUUUUGUAUCAGUACCUGAAGUUUAAUUAGACAUUAAUUAAUUUGGCUAAUUUCAGUGCCAUUAUUUGGAAUGCUGAGUGAGAGUUGUCAUACUGUAGUUCUAGAGUGCUUGCUUUUAAGUCAUUUUCUAGUCAGAACAUUUUAAGGCCCGCUCCUUAUAUUAUGAGUUGGCAAAGCGUAGCAGUGAUUCAGGCUGCCUACCCAUGAAUUGCUUUCUCUUUGAGACUCUGCCCUGGUCUCCGUCUUCCCUUCUAUUAUAAGAUUUAUAUUACAGCUCUUGAUGCAGAAAACACUGGGUUGUAUCCAGUUCUGCCAUUGCAGGAGCAGAACAGACUUCCACAUGCACAAUGCGACUUUCGCUUCCUCUCCUCCCUCUUGCAUGCCAUCAAAACCAGCUCCAAAAGGAUUGAAGUACUACAUUUCAGAGUAGUUUUUUGGGAGUGCACAGCCAGCUUCAGAGACAGUGGAGGAAGGAAAAGUCUUUCUGUGUGAGGGAAAGUUUGUUUGCACAGCAUUGGAUACAACCAUAUUCCAUCUUUUAAAUAGUAGUUUGGGAUGAAAAGGAAAACGGGCUUCUAACAAAAUGAAGGUUUGAGUACGGUUAAUGUAGUUAGCUAAUUUUGUUUUGAAUGAGUGUAUUUAUUUACUUAUUUUGACGUGAGCCUUCUUUUUCCUAUAACCUGCCUGUAUAACGAAACAGGUGCAUGAGAAACAUUGAUGAGAAGGAUAAACAGUACAAACUACAUUUGGAUGAAUUCAUUGAGAUCAGGUAAGUUUAAAUUUGCUUUGCUAAGCAGUUUUUAAUUGGACACUAUAAGUUCUCUCAAACUGCUAUGGUAGGGUUAGGGGUCUGUCGCUCUGUCCGAAUGCUCAGAAUUCAUUCAAGCUGUGAAAGGCAUGCUGAGUGGGAUGACUCUGGGCCAAGGUGUGUCCCUGUUGAAUAUUGCACAAGGAAAUAAUAAAGCAUAAGAAUCAUAUUACGCUAUUAUGUUUGAUUAGUCACAAUUAAAAUUCCUUUAUGUAUUGCCACUUUAAUAUUAAUGAAUUAUAUGCUGAAAUAUUUCUCAGUACUAAUUCAGUCCAGAAAGAUAUGUGGGAACAAGAAGUUAAUGUCUGGUAGUUCAUGGUUUCUUCUCUUUGCAAAGGAUAUUUCAGUUUAGUUACUGCAUAAACCCAAAUAUUAUGGGGAUUAAUAAAGCAGAAUAAACUGUCCAGGUAAAUGGUGAAAGCUCUGCUGUUCUAAUAUGCAGCAUAGAUUCUUAGAUAGCUACGAAUAUGCUUAUAUGUACUUAUUUUGAGAGAGGAUGAAGGUGGUACGGCAGAAUGGUUAAGGGCAUAGACUGAAGAAUUGGAUGUCCAACCCAACCAUGAAUUUAUUGGGUAAUAGGCACUUUGCUAUCCCUAAGCCCCCACUUGUGACAUUUUGAUGCUAGCAUUACCUUAGAGCAGUGGUUCUCAACCUGUGGGUCCCCAGAUGUUGAACUACAACUCCCAUCAUCCCUGAGCUCUGGCCUUGCUAGCUAGGGGUGAUGGGAGUUGCAGUUCAACAGCAUCUGAGGACCCACAGGUUGAGAAAGGCUGCCUUAGAGGGUUGAAAAAUGAAGUUUUAGGACUUAGAAAAACCAUUGAAAUAGUAGCAGUAAUAUUUUUAAAGAAAAUGUGCUUGUUUGGUUGAACUGAAAUUUAAGCCUGUAUUAACAACCUUCACCACAGUGUCACUCUGGUUGUGGAACACCCUCCUCUCUGAGGCAUGGCUGGUGUUGACUCUCUUUUUGUUUUGGUGCCAGCUUAAAACUCUGUUAUUUACCCAAUCAUUUGAUUAAAGUGUAUAUUGAGCUUUGGAGUUUUGUAGGUGCUGCUAUGUAGUUUUCAGUUGAUAAUGGCUGUAAUUUUUAUUGCCCUUGUUUUCUGGUUUAUGGAUGAUGUCCGACUAACCCAUCAGUCAACCCACUGAAAUCGAUAAACUUAAGUCCAUCAAUUUCAGUGGACUUGCCAUAUGACUAACUUCAGUUCAGUGAGUCUACUUGGAGUUAAAAGUUAGUUGAAUAUAGCCAAUUGUGUUUAAUUGAAAUCUCUGCUUAAAAAUAAAUACGUAACCUUCUGAAUUUACUCCCUAGUAAUAAAUUUGAAAAUGAAAAAGUAAAAAGGGAGGAGCUUAUAAAGAAAAGACGGGAGGACCACCAGGAGUGUGUUGCACGAGCUAUCGCAGCUGAGGUAAAAACGUGCUGGGUUGCAACCUUGCUUUCUUGUACUUCCCACAAAUUCCUGCCCACUUUUGAUUACCAUUAGAAGAUUGCUGUAACGCUUCAUCCUUGCCUAGAAAUUUCCCACUUAAAGAACUACCGUAUUUUCCCAUGUAUUGGACGAGGUUUUUUUUUUUUACUAAAAUAUCAUGUAAAAAAACUGGAGUCAUCCAAUACACGGAUAGUGGCAUUGGUGGUUGGCAGGAGUGCGGCUUCUCCUGAUGCUGCUGCGCAAGGGAAACACUCCCUGGAUCAUUUCCCGCAUGCAGCGGCAUUGGGGGAAGUUGCCCUCCUGCCAACUGGCUGGCUGUGGGAGCACAAUUUCCCCCGAUGCCUCUGUGCAUAGGAAACGAUCUAGGGAGUGUUUCCUGGCCGCAGCUGCAUGGGGGGGGGGGAGAGGCUCAACAACUUUGGGCCAUCUCUCCUCAUUUUCUUAAAAUUCAGCCCCCCAAAAUAGGGGGAGGGUCUUAUACAUGGAGGUGUCUUAUAGAUGUAAAAGUACGGUAAUACUGUGACUGUUCUGAAAGACUCCAGUUUUGCUGUAUAACCAGUGGUGCUCAGAAUUUUGCACGUGGACAAUAGUGUUUUGUAUUCCCCACUGUAGUGUUUCUGCCACGUACCUAGAAGUGACUGGUUGUUUUUUUAAGGAUAACGAUAAAAUUUCAUGUCCUUUUAUGAUUUUUAAUUUCCUCCUUUUGCUGUUUUAUUGGCUUGCCGCAAUAAAUUGCAUAACCUCAAUAUUAUCUGGAUUCUUUCGUAUCAUUGCUAGUCGUAUUAGGCUGCCAGAUGAAUAAGGUGCCUUUGCGGUCAAAUAAAUGAAUUUUAAACUCAGAGCAUAAGAUUGUUUUUAAUGUUGAGGAACAAAACAAUAACCUAGUAGGAAGGACACAGCCAGUAGCUGGGAAAGUGAAGCUACCCCAUUAAACAUGACAGCAUUUCAGGCAGGUGAAUGAAUGGAAAUGUUUAGAAUUGGUUAAUACCAUACAAAAGUAACGUCCCGUUAGAUUUUUAAAAUCUAAACUCAGUUAAUUUUAUUUUUUAGGUUUCUGUGCUUGAAAACUGGAAGGACACCGAAUUAUAUAAAUUAGGCAAAAUAGCAACAGAUGCGGAAACUUAUCUUAAGUAUCUGAAGUUUAUGACAAGGUAUGGCUUUGAAUAUGAGUAUGCCACAAACGAAGCAUUUAAAUAAGAUUGCUUGAAUUUCUCUCAGAAGUACCAUCAGUACUUCAUCUUUUCUCUCACUAAAACUUGUACAAUGGAACCUCGGGUUGCGAACGUGAUCCGUGGGAGGCAUGUUCGCAACCCGCAGAGUUCGCAACCCGCAGUGCUAUGUCUGCGCAUGCGCGGGUCGCAAUUCAGCGCUUCUGUCCAUGCGCAAAGCACAAUUUAGCGGUUUUGUGCAUGCAAGAGCGCCGAAACCUAGAAGUAACCCAUUGCGGUACUUCUGGGUUCGUCGCAGUGCGCAACCCGAAAUUGCAUAACCUGAAGCGUCUGUAACCCAAGUUACCACUGUACCGCAUAAAAAAGUAACAUGUAUUGAACUUUUUGGGUUGUACGUUGGGACCAUAUUUGACUUUGAUCCACUAUAUUGGUACAUAUUAUAUUAGUUCACCCAAUCCUACAUAUGAUAAUGGGAUUGUCUGGAAAAGAAAAACAAAGUUGCAGUAACCCAAGUUACAAGGAAAUGAUAUAAAAAUAAGGAUUCUUUAAAUACAGGCUAUACAUGUAAGCUUAUGUAUUUUUGGAAAAUUACAAAUUAGAAAACAUAAAUUCUCCAAGCACCAGCCACUGAAUAAACAUAACGAAGUUCUCCAAACAAUAGAGAUAAAAUAAUUGACAUGAUCUCCAGGAUUAUAUAUUGCUUUGUGCUUCUUCAGAAUCAAAUUGGAUCCCCAUAUAUAUAUAUAUAUAUAUAUAUAUAUAUAUAUAUACACACACACACACACAUACACACACACACACACACACACACACAUAUAUAUACACAGUAGUUACAACUUGAAGAAUUCACGUUGUGUAUUGUACACUAUACAAUUUUAUGUACAGUUAAUGUUUAAACAAUAAUAAUUUCAUUCCCACUUGGGACCCUGUGACUUUGUCUUUCAGUACUUAUAUUUGGAGACCCCCUCUGUGUUUUGCUAUUGUCUAGAGAAAGCCAUUCUUUGAAGCCUCUGGUUAAAAGACUGGAGAAAAACUGGAGGAAACAUACUUUAAAAUGUUACAAACUCUAGUACUUCAGAUGAGUCUGGGUUACAGUGUUCACUCCAGGUGCUGGAAUAUAUAUCUGGAAUAUCGACUACUGCUGUCCUGGCUAGACAGUAAAAAUCAAAUCUUUUCUAUGGAUUAAAAUACUGGAAUAUCAUUUUGGGGUAGCAUUAUUUUUCUUGGAAGUCCUUCUUAAUCUCAAACUAUCACCAUGGCAUAGAACUAACUAAAAUUUUGUGUGUGUCUCUCUCUCCCCGCCCUCCCAGCCACUCUUCAGUACCCCAGUUGAAGUUACAAAUUAAUUCUUGGGAGUCCUUUAUUUCUAAUACCAAAGAUGAAAUUAGGAAAGCAGAGGUAUGUCUAUUACAUUAAUUAUUGUAAGAUAUUGUAAGGUUUUAAUAGCUUUCUCUUUUCGAUAGAAGUGAAUUAACUUCUUUUGCAGAUUUCUGUAUGCGGACUAAUAUGUAUCAAUUUCUCCCUAGGAAGGACUUUAUAACUUCUUUUCCUUUUUAAAAAUGUGUCCUAUUUACAUAAGAAUAUAGAAGAGGUCAAACUAGUGUUUCUUUAGAAUCCUAUCUGAAGCCACUGGAAGUUUAGCUGAGCCGUAAGAAGAGUUGCCUAGCUAGGGAAACAUUACUGCUCACUUCAAAUAUCUCCCCUCUGUUCUUUUUGCAGAGGCAGUUUGAAGAGAGAAUUUACAUGGUGAAAAAUGGUGCCUUUCUAGAUAGUAUCUCCAAAGUGGAAAUUGCAGAACUUCAACCUCCGAGUGUCCUCUCAUCCGUAAGUCUUUGUUAACUGUUUUGUGUCAAAAGCCAGUGCACCGUGAAAUUCUCGUUAUAGAUUGGGUGCAUCUAAAACAUGAAGUAACAUUAUAUCUAGCACAUAUUGAAAAAUAUGUUGUAGCACCUCCAUCUUGCUCCUGAGAGCUUUCCAGUGCAUUGAUGUGUACCAAAACAAUUCAUGUGGUGAGGGGUGGAGGAGACACAGUGCCGCAUCUCAGUGGCUUUCCGAAGUUGCAUUUCCUGGGGUGAGGGUGCAGCCUCAAAGAGCUGGUUUCUUGAGACCCCAACACUAUUUGGAAGAGCAGAGGGUGGUGAAGAGAGUCAAGAAGCCCCUUCCCAUCUUCUUGCUUUCAGAUCUUCAGCCCACCUGCCACAGUUCAGCAGCACCUUCAUUGAAGAGGCCAGGGAUGUUGAAGUAGGAAAAGGGUUAUGGUGGUGAUUCAUUCUGAAGAGAGUGAAAGGCAGUCUGACAGAAAAUCUCAAGGCAGUGUUCUGCUUAUAACUUUGGCAUCUAUGGGAUAAUGUGAGAAGAGCAGAUCGCACCUUUAAAAUCUUACUUUUCCAAAAACCCAAUGGUGUUGCAGUGCCCACCUAGGUAAAGCAGAUGAAGCUGAAACUGUAUCUUUUUGUCUUAAUUUUUAAUGGGCAAUUUGAUAGUGAAGACUUUAUAGGGAAUUUUUUAAUGUUUGAUGUUUUAUUGUGUUUUUAUAUCUGUUGGAAGCUGCCCAGAAUGGCUGGGGCAAUAAUAAUACAGUGGUACCUUGGUUUUUGAACGUCUCGGAAGUCGAACGUUUUGGUUUUCGAACACCAAAAAACCGGAAGUGAAUGAUUCCAUUUUCGAAUGCACCUCGGAAGUCGAACGGCUUCCGCUGAGUGUCUCAAUUUCCUCAAUUAAAUUUGCAGACUGCCCUUUGUGCCUCGGUUUUCGAACGUUUUGGAAGUCGGAACGGUCUUCUGUAAUGGAUUACAUUCAAAAACCGAGGUACCACUGUAAUAAUAAUAAUAAAGCCACCCUGGAAGUAGCAGAAGCUUGAAUUCUUUAGAAUGCUUGAAAAUAUUCCUCGCCUUAUUUGGGCUGUUCUUUUUUUCCUCAGGUAACACAUGAGAGGCCUCCCAUUAAUGAUCCAGCCAUUGUAAUGUAUUCAGCUGCAGCUCCACACCUGCCCUCUAAUUUGUUUGCUACCUUUUCAAGUUCUGACGAUGAUAAUCCUCUGCACUCCAUAGUUAACAAGCAUAUGGGAAAUAAAAUAUCCAAGAAAGAUUCUAAGUACUCUCUUGCAAAUAAAGGCUUGGAAGAAGUGCCUCCUGACUGCAGAGAUAUGGCACUUUCUGAUUACAUAUGCCUACCCCAGUCACCAGGAAUCUCUAGAAGAUCUAUCCAGGACACCCAGCUGCAACACAGCAGCCAAGAAGAACCAGCAGCAGCAGCUGCAGGGCUGGACCAUGCUAAUGCUAUAAGUAGGCCAGCGCUGCCACAACUAUAUGAAGACGUCAUUGAUGAACUCAUAAUUAUAUUUCCUCACCUUACAAGGUAUUUCCCAUUGGUUAAACCGAUUCCUCACAGUUCUGCUGGAGACUACCUCUUGGUGUAUGUUUUUUCCCUUCCUAGUUUAAGCUGCUACCUUGUCCCUGCUUUUCAAUGUUGUAAUCCUGGCACAUAACCAUCUAAAAAGAUAACGUGGCAGAGCAAUGCACAUUUGCUUGCUUCUGACUGCACUUUUUCUAGGUUAAACAAGAGCUUGUAGAAAAAUGGCAGCUGCCCUUCUUGCCAUUAGCAUGAGCACUAUCUGACAACAGCAGACACACCUGUUCUUUGUGGUCCUUCAUCAUGGUCUUUGUCUUGAUACAGGCAAACUCCAGACUUGGCAGCAGUGCCUUAUCAUCCAUAUAGCUAUGCAUUGGCAUCAACAGAAGAGUAGUCCCCAGUUAUUUUUACUUUGCUUUCCACUGGUUGGUGUAAGUUGAGCAGAGUCUUACUUCAGGAUACUGAUAAGAUUCAGUUUCUCAAUGACCCUGUUGCUCAAAUAUUUUCAGUCCUAUAGGGCUUGAUGCUGACCAUUUGUUGUGUUGAGUGUUUCGCCUGCAUACAUUUUCCUGAAGCAGUUUUAAGGAAAUUAAGUGUUCUUCCAAAAUGCCAUUGAACUGUAUAGUAACCUUUUGAACUUGUAGUGGAACCCUGACCGUCUAUUUCCUAAACACUGUCGGAAGCAAAAUUGCCAAGUUGCUUUUGGAUAGAGAUGAAUUGAUAGCUGGAUAUUGGCUCCAUAUUUGUCAAAGAAUAUGUUGUUAGAGAGUCAGAUAUUCGAGUCAGAUAUUCCAGGGGGCUAACAUGCACCUAAGCUUUCUGCAAGCCAUCCAGAGAUCUAUGUUGUUAGCUGACCAGUAUAGAUAUCGGGGGGGAAAGGCUAUUUGUGACAUCGCUGUGUAUUCACACUGCUAACAAAUGUAUAACUUUUCUUCCUCCUGCUGCAGAUCAGAUAUUGGAAAUUUCAUCGAAGAAGUCCAAGUCAAGAACAGAAACAAAUGGAGCACAGCUGAACUCCUAAACAGGGUAACAGAAUUUAUUUUGGAUCGUCCAAGCAAGAAAAAGGUAAGUUGCCAGAAAUGUUUGAAAUGCUGAAAACACAAAUUAUGGUAAAAUAUAUAUAUAAUGUGUGUGUCAGGGCAUGGGGUCUCUGUGGUACAAGGAAGUUCAGGUUCCUGUUCUUUGUCUAGGUUACGAAAUAGAGGAGCUGCAUCUAUGGAAGUCCUUGCCUUGGACUGAUCCACAGCUAGGUCAGAUUGGAGAACCAGUUUUGGCCAAAGCGACCACAGCCAGACAUCGGAUCAGUAGCAGUUCGAGGGUGGAGACCAGGGGUGUGAGUUGCAAAUGGUCUGCUAGGAUGGGAGAACUGAGUAUAGGGCUAUAGGAAGCUGCCUUAUACAGUUGCUCAGUCUAGCUCAGUAUUGAAAACACUGAUUGGCAGCUGCUGCCUAGGAUUUCAUCCAAGGCCUCUCCACCAACUACCUGGAGAUGCUGGGACUUUUUGCAUGUGAAGCAUGAGCUCGAUCACUGAGCUACAACCCUGGUAUUUUCUUAAGAUAUUACCAGAUUUCAUUAUCUCUCUUUAGGUUCUCCCUUCUUUGGGGAAAAUAGAAGCGGCAUAUUCCACCACUUCUGGAGGGAGCAGAAAUCAGACUCAAAAAUUGCUGAAGGCGCCAGGACGAAGCGUGUCUAACCUCUCCAAGUCAAAACUUGCUAAUGAAAAAACAAAGAAGACGACUCUCCCACCUCCAUCAAGUCACGCGCCUUGGAAAACUGUUGGAGAAACAUCAAAAUCAAAGUGGAAGAAAUCAAGUGAUGCCGCUGUAGGUCUUUGUAUCAUUGUCAAUGUUAACCGUAAAAACAAUGAAUAAUUUUAUAUGCGUAGUUAGGCAACAUUUGCUUUUAACUAGGUUGUAUCCAUUGCUGCUGUUCUCCUUGUGCAGCAGACUUCUUCUUGUGCAACAGAAUGUUCUCCUUUCCACCUACAGAUCUUCAAAAUCUGGGGGAUUCAGUUUUUGGGAGCAAGAUGGGAGAGGAGAUGAAGGGGAAGUUCUGCUGCCUGGAGUGGAACUCUGUUCAUGUAGCAUUGAAUAGAACCCUCUGAUCCCGUCCCCCCCAUCUCUAGCAUAGCAUAUGUUUAAAAGCAAGCAUUUAGCCUUUAACUUUGUAGAAGACACUUGAGAAGUGCCAGAGAGUGAGUUGGUAAAAAGAUCUAUUUUCUUGAAAAUCCAAAAACUUUUCUUCUCUCCCAAAUAUGGUACCCUUGGCUUUUAGAAUACUGAAAUUAAACCUUCCUCAAAAGGUACAUAGAAAUCUUCUCAUGUCCUGAGCUCUCAGGGAAAACCUUUUGGCAUGUUAGCUCCUCAUCAAUCUUAAAAUAUUUUGUAAACUUCCUGUUUGGCGGCUGAAUCCAACGCUGCAGUUCUGCUGGUGUAAGGGACUUUACCCUGCAUGCCCUCAGAAUCAGCUCUGGAGGGUUGGGAGGACCCACAAGAGCAGAUUUUUUUGUGGGGGGGCACUCAGGGAGAGGAAAUGGAAGUUUCAUUGUGCCAGCUUAAGUCCACUGACACAGCAUUGGAAUCAACCCUCAAAGAUUAUCAUUAUCCCAAAUGUCUUGCUUCACAAAUGAAGUCAAUUUUAAAAUGUCAGCAAUGAAUUGUCAGGGGUCAGCAAACUUUUUCAGCAGGGGGCCGGUCCACUGUCCCUCAGACCUUGCGGGGGGGCCGGACUAUUUUUUUUUUGGGGGGGACACAAAUUCCUAUGCCCCACAAAUAACCCAGAGAUGCAUUUUAAAUAAAAGGACACAUUCUACUUGUGUAAAAACAUGCUGAUUCCCGGACCGUCCGCAGGCCGGAUUUAGAAGGCAAUUGGGCCGGAUCCGGCCCCCGGGCCUUAGUUUGCCUACACAUGAAUUGGAUCCAAAGGUGCCCUUCUGUGAACAAAAGGAUAAUUUUUUUCUUGAAAGGUGCUUGGAUCCAGUAGAAGCUUCUGUGAAUGGAAGUGAGGUUAAGGAGACGAUUUUCAGAUACUGUUUUCAUGCCACCAGAGAAUUUCUAACUCUGGAGUAGAUUUUCAGGUAGUAGCUGGGGAGUCAUGUGCACCUUGUUGCUAAAUAGGAAUUUGCUCACAGAACGUGGGAUCUAGUUAUACAUCCAACUUCUCGACUCUAAAACAGGCUGGAUUUUUGUGUUCUCUUCCCAAAUUAAGGUUGGAGAUAGCCUGUGUCUGUAAAUUGGUUCAAAAUGAUUAUAUCUGAAUAGUAAAUGUAACAUUAUGGAAGCUGCUAAACUGGACAGUUUGGGACCUAUCCUAUGCUGAGUCAAAUAAUUGUUCUGUCUACUCCCCAGUACUUGGUGCUCUUUCUGACAGCAGCUCUUUGGGGUUUGGGACAGAAACCUUCAUUCUUCCACCUUUAAGAGGAGAUCCUUGGGACUUGCAAGGCACAUAUUCCAGCUAUGGGAAUUAGUCAUUCUCUGUGCAGUAGGAAAACAGUAGCUUUGUAACUAGUUUUGAAAUUAUUAUAAAUGCAUUUGUUUCUAUAGGAUAAUGAUCCCUGUGUAAUAUGUCACGAUGAACUAACUACCGAAAUGUUGCAUGUGCUAGACUGUGGACACAGAUUUCACAAAGUGGUAAGUGGAACCAUAAAUCCAGCGAGGUAACUCGUAUUAGUUCUGUUGCUCGUGUCUUUGUAAAUUUGUAGAUUGCCCUCCAAAGGCUGCACACACAGGGACAUUUUGUCUAAAUAAGUGUGUUCGCUGUGGUGUAAACCACUGAGCCUAGGGCUUGCCGAUCAGAAGGUUGGCGGUUCGAUUCCCUUGCGACGGGGUGAGCUCCUGUUCCUCGGUCCCAGCUCCUGCCCACCUAGCAGUUCGAAAGCACGUCAAAGUGCAAGUAGAUAAAUAGGUACCGCUCUGGCGGAAAAGUAAACGGCAUUGCCAUUGCUCUGGUUUCGCCAGAAGCGGCUUAGUCAUGCUGGCCACAUGACCCGGAAGCUGUACGCCGGCUCCCUCGGCCAAUAAAGCGAGAUGAGUGCAGCAACCCCAGAGUCGCCCACGACUGGACCUAACAGGCAGGGGUCCCUUUACCUUUAUGGCUGCUGCUUGCUAUUGGAAGGAUUGUAUUAUUGGCAUUGGCUCUUAGUUGGCCAAAAUUCUGGAAUUACAUUUCAGAAAACAAAAAGGCUAAACAGAAAGAUAAGGUUUUACUUUGGAAUUUACUUUUCAGUGACUGAAAAUCCCAAUCCUAGAGCAUGUAAAUAGGAAUACAAAGUUCACACUGAGGCAGUGAAGCUCAAGCCACCCUCAGUCCUGGAUAUGCUAGAGAAGCAACACCUCUAUAACAUACACUUGUGGUUGUAGUGGCAUGUGUUCAAAACACCAUACUUUCAGGGGACUGAAAUGGGCCACUCAUGUAACUUUUUGCUACUUUAUGUAUCUGUAUCUCAACAUACAGCCAGUUACAAUCACGUGAACAUGUCCGUGAAGCGCCACAGUAUGGCUUAGGACAAAAUGCUUUAGAAAUUAAGAGUUGCCCAGGUUGCCUAGUCAGUACACUAAGACUGUCUACAACUACUAGUAACAUUAUUACUAGUAUUAAUAGCAAUUGCUAUGCUGAUUUGCAAGCACUUUGAGUGGUUUGAUUGCAACAUUCUUAAAUAUCAACAAUAGAGAAGGUAAACGUUUUAGUUGAAAUUGCAUGUUCCAAUUUUUUUUUAUUUGCUGUUGCAGUUGGUGGGCUUUGGUGUGUACCUGUAGUAGAAAACUUUAAUAGAGCCGUCUUUAAUAUUGUCUGACAAUAAGUGGGAGCUUUCAUUAGAAUUCCGAGUUGCCUUCCGCUUCCAACAUUUCCAGAAAGACUAAUGUGUAAAUGUCAUACAUUGAUGUAAUCUGCCGAAAAGCCAAUGAUCAGUAUUGAAUUCUUUAAUUAGUUGACAGCCCUUCUAAUUAAAUUGUCAGCCUUUUAGCAUAGGUCGUUCACUAGUGAUUAUUAGAAAAUGUUUGAAUUCAAAGCCUAGUUGCAGAAGUUUGGUUUUAACUGAAGUCAGGUCUUUUUUAUAUGCACCAUAAUGUUUCAAAGUUAUGCUUACCACUUGUCUUCCUUUCAUAGCAUGAAUCUAGAGUGCUCAGAACUGUAGAAAAAUGUCAUUUUAAAAAAAUGUUGCCCACCUUCCAUAGCCCUACUUUUUAAAUGAAAGGUUUCUGAAUUCUUGCUUUUUUUCAUACAGUGUAUUGGUCCAUGGAUUAAGGAGCACAGCACAUGCCCGACCUGUCGCCGUCAUGUUUUGUUACCUGAAGAUUAUCCUGAGCUUCCUGGACGAAACAGAACCACUUAG